AUGGCUACGCCCUUCCUGUGGAAGCUGUCAUCCCAGAAGCUGGGCUUCUUUCUGGUCAGCUUCGGGUUCAUCUGGGGAAUGAUGCUGCUGCACUUCACCAUUCAGCAGCGGGCCAGCCAUGAGAACAGCGCCGUGCUGAGGCAGCAGAUCCUGGACCUCAGUAAGCGCUACAUCAAGGCGCUGGCUGAGGAGAACCAGAGUGUCAUGGACGGGCCCUAUGUGGGUACUAUGACAGCCUAUGGUGAGUACUCAGCAACAACUGAAAGCGGAUUUAUUUUGAUAACUUGAUCAAACUUUCUGCUCACAUUCCUCUACAAACUGGACCUGUGAUUGUUUCUCUUGCCCUGCUUUAAUUCUAAUCAGAUAUUCCUUUACUUGCUGGAUGUUGUUGGAGCUAAAAGUGAUUGUUGUCUCUGCUGAUAGAAAGCUUUACAUUAGAUUAAUGCAGAACCCAGGAAAGACCUCGCCGAUUUAGUUGGAUCUGCUGGGGAAUGAGAAAGAGAAAUGGAGAACUGCACGAUCAACGCUGCAGGUUUUUCAUUUUCAGACUCAUACAAGGCGUCGAAAAAGAGACCACCUUUUUUUACAAAGUUAGAAAGCCUCCACUUGUGCUCCACAUGACAUUUCCUUUAUCCAAGAAAACGUGCCUUUGGGCUCGAACGGCUGCGUCGGAGCAUAAUACAGUAAUCGCAAAGGGUCCAGACGAGGCCAUCGAUAAGUUAUUCAUGCCAUUAAUAGACCUGUACGGCUCGAUAGGCGGCUUCAUUAGAAACCUGAGAUUGGAAUUGAUUGUUCUGUAAUACCCAAAGAAACAGCAGGAUACAGUAAAGCUCCUGAAGAUUAAAGCGUCCGGGGAAUGUAAAGGAGCAGCUAAAGAAACAAGUGCAUACUUGCUUAAGGUGUAAGCUGAACUUUUGUAACAGUAUUAAAGUGCCUGUGUUUAUUUAAAAGUACAUGGAGCACUGCCAUACUUCAAACACUGAAAACAGACUUUAUUUUGUGAUAUAUUUCAGACUCCUGGGUGAAAAUUAUGAAGUUAUUAAUUGCGUGUAAGUCAGUAUAACCUAGUUUCAUAAAUUAGAGACAGGUAAGUGUUCAUUAAGUUCAUAUCUACACUUGUAAUCCCGCUGAUAGUUUUCAGAUAUUUUCAAGUCAUCCUCAUCAUUGAUUUUGUAAUUAAUGGAAGUGAAUCCGACUCAAGACCAGGUCAUUGAUUUCCUUGUAAAGUGAUCUCCACUUUCCAGGGAACAGGAUCCCGUCCAGUUCGUUCUGUCCCCUCACAUGAUGGAUUGAUUUUCAUGCCGCAGCCAGAGCCCCGCGCCACAGUUCCCCCUGACCUCCGUCCAGUCCCACAUCCAAAUCCAUUUCAUGUCCUUGAUUAGAUCUGGAGGCAGCAGGAUACUCGGCGCUUCCUGUGCUCACUCACUCGGGCGAUGAUUCGCCCUGAUACGAUUUGUAAUGAGUUCAAGGGGAGAGGGUUUCCUCCUCUGCCACUCAUAAAUGACCCAUAAAAUCUUAAUGCAUUCAGAUUUGAUAUUAAGUCCCCUCGAAGCUCGUCUGGAGCUAGGCUGAAAAAGAGCUGCUUUAGUUCGGAUGAGAAAACACUCAAAAUCUGCGAAAUAUCAAACUUACACAUCAUUAUAAAUCAAAACUCGCUAAAAUUGAUCUUUUUAUAUCCUGUCAUCUUAAACUUAUUAGAGCAACUUUAGGUCGGAGUUUUGGGAACCAGUAUGAAACCUUGCCAAGUCAUAAAAAAAAACCCUUUUCGGUUGGACCAGAUCUUAUCACGCUCCUUUUUUAUCACAACAUUCGGUAAUUCCUGAGCUGUUCAGAGUGCAUCCAAGUGUUCUCUGCAUUGUCUCAGAGCUAAGUAGUCAACGUCACAGGACUUUUCCACAGAAGAGUAUUUGACGAAGUUGAUAAAAAGAAGAAAACAUGAUCAGAGAAUGAUCUUCUACUUGACCCAUUGCUCCCCUCUUGGAGUGAAAACUUUCAGAACUUUUCCUUCUUUAUUUUUUGCUCUCUGCUUUUUUUUUGCUCUUUUUUAAUACAAGUUGGGGAACUCAAAUUUGAACCAAACACACCCGGGAUCCACUAACACAACCUUUCGAUACUAGUCCAGUCCAUCACCAGAAACAAAUCAAAAACCUGUAGUCCUCAACAAGAGAAUAAGAAUGGGGAAUAAUGUUUUAGCGACAUCUACCUUUUUAACUUUGAAAAACAAAAUGAAGUACAUCUUUAAAUUCAAUCUAUAGUUAUUUUCUAUUUCGUAAAAUUAUGUGUGUGCACCUGCAGCUCAGUCAGUAAAUCUUCAAAAACUAACAGGAAUUACAAUCAACUGCAAACUCCAAAUACAGCACCAGCGGAUUAGUCGGGGGAUUAAAAUUCCCGUGAAACAAAAACAAACGAGAAAAGGAAAGGAAAUGUCAGCCUUCAAAACAGAGCUAACAAACACGCAGCAGCUGAAUUUACCCUCACUGGCUGCAUGAUACUGAAAAAUGAAAAUAAUUUCCAGUAUAUAUUGCAACACCGUUAUUCUUUCAGGCUGUUUUGUCACUGAUACCUGAUCUGUGAUAUGAUUCUGUAUCCAGUAAUAAGAUCAGAUCAGUGCGUACCCAGUCUGAGGCUUAUCUCCAGGCCUUGUCACACCAUCUUCUUCCUACACAAUGAAGUCAAACCAGGAUAUGAUCCUCUCUGGCCCGCCCUUCCGUAAACUUAGUGCUGCAUUCCGCCACCUGACUCCACGGCUUACUUCUCCAUCAUGCAGCGCAGCUUUUGUGGUUUUCUUUGAUGCCGUUUACAGACACUUGAAGUUCGUCGGCUCCACAGGGCUGCUAUCAGGAAUCAGGGAUAUACAGCUACCAUCACUGAGGACUGGGUGUGGUGUAAGCUUAUACUGCGGAGCUAAUCCUACUCGCCCUCUCAGGGGGUGGAAGGUUUUUGGGUUACUCUUCUGCCUCUGCCUCUGUUUUAACAACUUUACAUCACCGAGACACCCAGGCUGAGCUGAAUCUUCCCUUAACUGAUAUCAACAAACAACAGGAAGCACUGAUGAAUGCCGGGGGCUUAUGUUCCCCUUUAAUCUCUUCUCUUUAAUCACAAGCUUAAUAAAAAAUCCCAGGAUGAACACCGUGUGUUCAGAUUAUGAUCUUAUAUGGCACUAUUAUUAAUAGCAGAGUUAAAUUUAGUGCAGUUAGUGCUCCGGGGUUUGUUUUGGAAUUGCAUCACCCUGUGAAGAAGCACUGAGACAGGCAGAAAUGUGUCCCUAGGUGUGCGAUUACUCAUCAGGUUACCUGGCAGCAGUGUUAGUGUUCAGAGGGACACGUUGAAGCAUUUUUCACAGUGCCGGAGAUGCUUUUUAAACAUACUGGCUAAUGAAGACCACUGACUCAUUUUCCUGUUGUUGGUGUUUAUAGGUAUCGAUUGCUGUUCAGUGCCUUGGAGCUUCCUGUCAUCAGUGACCAAUUUACACAACAUGUAUUCAUGUUUUUCAAGUUUCGGUUUAAUCGAUACAAGCGCAGGAGAAAAACGAGGCUGCUUAUGCGCAAAAGAAAGGACAUUUGUUUGACUGUCACAAAGUGUGUUGACGCUUCGCUUCAAUCGAACAAGCCUAAUGUGUCGCUUUAAAGACCCACUCCGAUGAAAAUCAUGUUUUUCUUGUUUUUAACUUUUUUUUUUUUUUUUAACUUUAACGUUAAGCCUCAAGUCAAGGUUGGUUUUCUUGGAGUCAAUCUCAGCCCCGAUAACUCGGCUUGACUACUUCACUCCAGUAAGCCCCCCUGUUGGUUUCUUCUUCCCACUGCAUCAGCUCCUCCCAGCGCUCAAGCUCUUCCAAAUCAGACAAACGCUCUGGCGGUUGCUUUCUCCCACGAAUCAGGCUGGUGUGCUCUGCCAAGCCUCGUUGUGUCCUUGCCAAUCUCUUUGACGUGAUCAAAACUGGCGUGUCAAAUGCAUUACGGGCGAGGGAAAAUGUGGCGCCUGUAUGUGAUAGACAAGCUGCAAUUAUCAUCACCCGAGGAAAGCAGGCGUGAUGCACUGUGGAGAGCUUCUGUACACACAACACAAUGCACUGAUAACAUAAACGGAGUCUGUUGAUAAAAAGGAGCUCAAUGUUGUUGAUAGCAAAAUAUCUGUUAUAACAGUUUUUCCCUCUUGAUAUGACAUCUCUUUCCUCGCUGCAGGUCGCACCAUCUUCCCCGCUCUCACCAAUAGUCACUUAUCCAUAAGCUGUGUCUCAUAAAGCUGAAUGAAAUCCUGGGUCAUUUUCAGAGACGCCACGGCUUCAGUUUAAGCGUUGAGCGGCCCAAAAUCUACCGGCUCGCCGUAAUGGGAAAUCAGCAGCCCCUCUUUGCACAUUUUCAGGCGCAGGGUAGUCGAGUAAGACUCCCUAGACUACGAGCAGCAGCUUAAACGACCUGCAUGUGUUGAUGGUAAUGAUAGUCAGGGUGAUAAUGAGAGCACUAAAAGCUUUUUAUUAGUCAUGUGGAACCUUUUUGGUCCUUUUAAUAAGAUCCGGAUGAAACCAGUUUAGCGUGCAACAUCUGCGCUCUUCAGGAAGUCUACAUGUGUAUAUUUUGAUCUCAUAUACGAUUUCUAGUUUCAGAUCCAGUUUUUCAGGCUGUGAUUUAGCAAUCAAUAACACUCUGUCAUAUUUUUUUUCACAUCAUUAUUGAUUUUUAUUCCAAGCAGAAUGUGGGUCAGAUCAGAUAUUGUGUUUUAACGCCGCCAGUUCUCAAAGUUUUGCCUCACAAAGGUCAUUCUUACAUCCUUUCCAUUUCUAAAUUGCACCCUUAAGGUUUCUGUUUGAGAUAGGGCUGAGCAAUAUAGGAAAAAAUUAUCACAAUAUAUUUUUUUCAUAUCGGUCGAUAUCGAUAUAUCAGGAUAUAAAAUGUGAAAUUUAAUGCUUGCUGGCAUUUCAUUGCCUUUCAUCAAUAUUUUUAACAAAAGUGCAUAAAAAAUUGCUUAAUAAUCAUUUGGAAACUGCUCUGCCCUGUAGUUUGAAGUUUGUAGUUCAAAUGCCGCAAUAUCGCAGGACGGGAAAACGUCGCUGAUGUGAACGCUUGUAUUGACAGGAUACAGGUUCGAAAAAAUAUUGACGUCCAAAAUAAUGGCACGAAAAAAAAACGGUCCCUGUGUGAAAGGACCUUCAGCCGGGAGUUUCGUAGCUUCUUAGACAACUUUUCGGGGGUCUCAGGCGGCUGCUUCGACAUGUGACAAGCAUUUUCCCGAGAGAUAUGUUCCUUUUUAUUCCUUUUUUCUUUUAUUUACGUGAAAUUUCGCCAUUUUCCGUGAUAUUCCGCAUCUAUAUUGAAUUCCGUUUUUAAUGUCCAAUUCCGUCCGCGAUUCCGUGAUCGCAGAUUUUAUAGGGCCCUACGUAAGGUGUUGUGCUGUUAAAGUGCUAUGGUUGCGUGUAGCUGCAGCCUGCUACUAUGCAGUUGUUUGCUACUUGGUGCUAAUUCAGCACAUGAUUGGUUCAGCACCAAGUGGACCCAGAGAAACUCCCUUUUUCAUUGGCUAUUAGUAUAGUCUACCAAAACAUGGCAGAGUACUGACUAGUAGCCCUAGUUUGAGAAGAAAUGUUUCUGAAAACACGUAACAGGUCUGUUUUAAUGUCCCAACUUUUAGACUUGAAGAAGACUCUUGCGGUGCUGCUGGACAACAUCAUGCUGAGGCUGGGGAAGCUGGAGUCCAAGGUGGAAAACAUCUACAACGGUACCGGGGGAAACCUGACCAACGGCACCAGCACGGCCACACCCAGCGCAACAAACCCUGAGAAAGUCAACGUGGCAGGUGUGUGCGGCAUUUGUUAUUUUUGAUUUGUAUAGCUCUCUGUCUAAUUUGUGUGCAGAAGAAUUUAUAUGCAGUCCAGAUUUUGAUCAAGACUGGAAUCUCCUGGAGCUCUAAGGGAGAGGACAUCAGGUAUAACAAUCCUCCACAUGUUUUGAAUAUCAGAGUACUAAAAGUUGGUAUCAGUCCUGAGGAAAAACAAUAUUCAUAGCAGGAAUAUGAACUCAAGUAUAGUAGCCUUUCUCCCCUCAGAAACUCUGCACUUUGAUGAGGUUAUUAAAGCACAAAGUGAACAUGUAGUCGUUGAAACCAAUUAUAGAAGUGAGCAGAAGCUGAAAGCAGCUUUUUCAUGACCCUUGUUAUAUUAAAAAAGAGAGAGUUCUCCACAGUCAGAAAACCUUCCUGAGGCGCACAAGCAGCCGAACUCUGGCAGUAUUGCACUCUGCACACCAGGCACUUUAAUGGUACCAGACCGCAUCCUUGGACAUAAUUCAAAUAAGGCCUCGUUCACGCUGCAUGACCCUUUUAUUAGUUUUCAUUGAUUUUCCUGCCAGCUUUCAGAUGAUGAAUUCAGGCCAGCUGAGAGAGCGAGGGGUUGGUUUUUCGGGGAUUCAGGGGCCUUGCUCUCUGUGUUUUUGUGCAGCAUUAAACAGCAGGAAUGUGGAGCCGGGAGCUGGGAUGAGUUUCGCAGAGCUGGAUUAGACUGAUUGAGUUCUAUUAAGUCGCAUCGAAAUCCUAAAGCGGGUUUCUGCGUCGCCUGUUUCUGAUCAGGUUCUCCAGCAUUUCUCUCUUUUCAGAUUUGCUGUCGCAGGGCACCGAGUUGUUGAUUUACACACGCGACAUGUGAGUGUGGCUGUUCAUUAACACGAUGGUACACUUUGCAGCCACGCUUCACUUCCUCUCCAAGAGCAGCAAAACCGCCGGUGCCACUUCCUUUUGCAACAGCAUAAGCACCUGGAGUUCAUUCUGGCUGAUUUGAGGUUUAGCCACUCAAAGAUCGUGCAUGUUUUUUUCUCUUCUAGUCUUACCAAAUGACAGUUACCGUAAUCACAAUAAAACAUUUGAGUUCCUGAGUGAUUGCUCUAAAAACAAGGGACUGUUAAUAGAGCUCAGCACUGAGUCGACUAAGUAAAAGUGUGCUGGCAACUCUUCUGUUAAUCCAUUAAUCACUGUGGCCGUUUUCAUUCUUCUUUAACUCAUUUGGUAUUAGCUUCUCCUCAUUCUUCUACCCUACUACUCUUGAGUAUAUUUAUCCAAGAGUGGGACUGUCUGUCAGAUAAGUACCCAAGGUUGUUCCCUUGGGCUUUGGAUAACAGCGUUUGGCACAUUUCACUGUGUUCUUACUUUUACAAGACAAAACACUGUACCCACAUAAACAAAAGAGGUAUCAUUUCACACCCCGCUGGAGGAGACAGAGUGUAGUUAAGAGUCUAUGCUCUGUCUGGUCCCCACCCGGUCAUUGUAAACAUUAACUUGAUAUGCUGUUCUCAAAGCACCUCGAGCCCUGGCCCCUGUGUUUCGCAGCGAUAACGCAUGAUCCCUUGACACGCCAAUAAACCUGCCGUGCCCCCGCCGGUGUAAAACUUCCAGCGCACUGCCCAGCAGAACCAACGUUUGGAUUUGGAUCCCGAGCGCAGGUCAAGCUGACAAAGCGGCACCCACAUCUCUCUUGGCAGUGGACUAAAGAGCCGAACACUCCAGAGUCUCCACUGGAGUACGUCUCCUGUCUCUGAGUGGGUGGCAGGCGGUGCCGAUGCCAGCUCCACCAGUGCUCCUCCCUGACUGGAAGGCAAUUACACAGAUAAGGAUCUGGACAGUGAGGGAAACACGCCUGGCUUUCAGAGGGGGGGCUGCUAUCAAGAUGGAGCUGAGCAGCAGCCCUGGGUCUGCACUGUUUCCACCUCCAUUGUGUACAUUUGAUCUCAGCCAAGAACUCUGGACAUGUUUGGGGACUAAACACAGAUCUGUCUGGGAGUUCACAGUUUGUACCUGACUGGUUUUUGUUUUUUUUUGUCAGGUUGGCUGUCCGAGUCAAGCUUCCGUCUAAAUUCCAUUUAUUGUGUCUCCCUGUAUCGACUGAUUCUUCCUCACAGUCACCUGUUCACAUAGUGACAGCAGAGGCUGCUGUGCAAAGCUCUUAUCAGUACUAACUAAUCUGGUUCACACCCACUCACAUACUCACGCCUUUGUCUUUGGGAGCGGCUACGGGUUCACUCAGUAUCUCACCCACUUAACCUUUGGCAUUUAGACUGCAGACGCCAAGAUCUGACCACCAACUGUCUGCUUUCCCACAAGGCUACAGGUGCGUUCUUGAAGUUAGGACCCUCUCAUCUAUCCACCAUGAUAUCACAUCCUGUCUUUAAGGAUUGAAGUCAUCACAUGGCUUAAAAAAAACAGUGUGAUUCUCUUCAUUCCCCUGUUUCCUGUUUUGUCUUAGCUCCACGCUGACAUGUGAUCUUUACAACAUCGAACAGCCAUAACUCAAAGUUUUCCCCCGCUGUUUACAGCUGCUGAUGUGGACUAACAGCUGUGUUCACACUGUCCAACAAUGCCUCCUUCUUCUGAUUGGUCAUCGCACAAAAAUUCAACCCGCUCCUCUCCCUAUACAGUCACACACUCCAUGUGCAGCAAAAUCAGCCUUUCUGUCGUCUUUGUUGCACUUCCUGCUGUGCUCGCUCAGGGAGUGUUUCCAGCCAUGUGUACCGCUGCAUUAAGCAAAGAACAACAGGAACAGAAGCCCGGCUUUACCCGAUCAAAACAGGUUGAUCUGGCUGCGGUUGAUGCUUGGCUGGACGCAGAUGGGACUCGGGUCCUGCCUUGCCUCACCACGUCUUUGCUGAUGUGGCUAAUCAGCUUCUCCGGCAGUGUUUCAUCUGCAGGCUUGGCCAUGGCAUUGAAAUCUAAUCUCCUAACACACACACACACACACACGCACGCACACCCACACGUGCACACCCAAGCUGUAAUGAAUGGUCAGGUGGUGAUUUGCAGCCGUAUAACUCAAGUUUACUUGCUUCCUUCUCACUCCUCUCAAGUUGCCACUGUCCCUAACACCUCAGCCAGACUGCCAAGGACAUUUACCCGAGUGGCAGUGCCCUGUCUUUUUGACAAUGGCUGCAUUUUUGUAAGCAGAGAUGUGCUCUUUCACAGCUCAGGGCGUCUUCACUGCUUUGUCUCUUGGGCUAUUGAUCCUCUUGCAUCUCUGUUUACCAUUCACAGUGAAAGAUGAGAUCCAAGGGCUCGUUGUCAACAAAGGGAAAGACAAGGACAUGGAUUCUUCUGGGGUUUGCUGCCUACGUCACGUUAUGCACUUUAUUUUUCGCCGAUAAAGCUCGCACAAUAAGAGAAGAAGAAGAGAUGGUUGAUUUUUUAUUCCGUCGCCAUCCAGUUUUCAUUUAAACACUCAAAUCAUCCGGAGAAACUCUUUGAAAGUUGUAGUAGAGUCUGCGGUUUCCAUUAUAUCCUGGAAGGUCUGUUUACUUCCUCGGUGUACGGAUCAAUACUAAUAAAGUACAAACACGCACAAACCCACCCGGCGCUAAUAAGCUGCUGAAAGAUGCUGUCCUCUCCCACACUCUUUGAAACACCCGCAUGAGUCCUGACAUUCAUCAGCCUGCAGCAGAGGGGGCAGCAGAAUCAGAGGCACGGUGUUGAAUUGACUCGGUUUCUCUUAAGAUGUUUUAAGAGGAUCACUCCUCACCACAAGAGUUAGAAGUUGGUUUAACUUAGGGCUGGCCGAUAAACCGACAAUUUACCGAUACCGAAAUUUAGGACAAUAACCAAUGUCAUUUUGCCCAUAUUGGUAUAUUCGGUCCGGUCGUUGGAGACGUGACUCCACCCCAUCCAGUCAGUAACAAAGAGGGAAAGACAGGUGAGGAGAUGGAGGAUGGUUCAAAAGUUGUAGCAGCGGCUGAAGUAGAUGAAGUAAACGUGGGAGGGGGGAGCAGCUUGUGGAGUAGUUUUCGUCCAUUUAUCAUUAUCGAGGUGAACUGCUCAAUGUAUCGUGAUAUUGAUUUGAGGCCAUAUCGCCCAGGAGGUCAAGGCGACACCCUGCAGUGGUCCUCACAGACCUUGACUAUGCGGAUGACAUAAGUCUGCUCUCCGACAAAGUGGAACAAGCACAAGAACUACUGAACAGGGUAGAGCUAGAGUGCGCCAAGGUUGGCCUUAGGCUAAAUGCCAAGAAAACUGAGGUCAUCACCUACAACGUUCCACCAGAACAUCAACCUCUGACUACAGCAGGAGGCGCUGUGCUGAAAGAAGUCGAGGACUUCAAAUACCUGGGCUCAUGGGUCAACUCAAUUGAACAAGAUCUAAAAGUGAGUAAGGCACUUGCAUGGAGAGCCCUGAACGGCAUGACCAGUGUAUGGAACUUCAACCUCCCCCGCCAAAUCAAACUCAGCUUCUUCUACACGACAGUAGAGUCUGUUCUCCUCUAUGGCAGUGAACGCUGGACCCUGAAGCCAACCCUGGAGAAAUCCCUUGAUGGGUGCUACACCAGGAUGUUGCGUGCAGUGCUUAACAUCAGCAAGAUGUAACCAACAGAACACUGUACGAGGGGAAUACCAAGGGUGAGCGAGAAGAUUGCUGUAAGGAGAAUGAGACUAGCAGGACACUGCCAAAGGCAUCGGGAACUGCCAGCCAGCAAAUUGGUGCUGUGGGAACCAACACAUGGGCAUCGGUCAAGAGGACGUCCUACACUAACAUACGUGGACAUACUCAAGAGGGAUGCAGGAGCUUAGAGUACCAACGAACUGGUGAGAUGUAUGGAGAAUCGGGAUGACUGGAAGCGACGGUGGAAGGCUCGUCUGAGGACGACCUAGAGAUCGCCCAGCCCCAGUUUAACUGAAAGUUUAUUUGUUUGCUAUUUAAAGCUUCAAGUGUAAUUAGGUGGUGUUUGGCAGUAUUUUGAUCUGGAAAAUGAAGAUGAAGUUGUACCAAGUUCAUCAGGGGAGUGACCACCUGACCCAAGAAAUGCAUAACCAGCAUGGGCGUGUGGAUCUGAACCUGCACAGAGGAUUAGAAGCCACAUUCAUCAAAUUAAUUCGUCAUAUACUUGACUUUAUUGUCCUUAAAUGGAAUCACAAAUCUGCAGUUUAGUCACAAAAGAGCUCGUUUUUAAUUUUAAAAAAUAGGAGUCCUGAAUCCAGAUCCUUUCGACGUGAAGAUCCAGAGAUGAAGUCUUUCUUGUUUCCUUAGAAACUGCAUGAAACACUCGAGAACUCCAGGCCUCUCGCACAAACAGACAACAAGCACAAACAGGCCUAUAUGUGCCUCUGAAAACGUGUGUGCAUUCUUUCUUGCAUGUGGUUUCCAUUACAGAGAGAGCGCACUGUGCAGAAAAAGUGUGAAUUUUUAGCCAUUAUCUUGUUGUGUUGUGCUCUCGCAGGUCUCGAGAGAUGCUUCCCAUAUGGAAGGCAUCAGAUCUUCUAAUAGUGACGUUGUAAACAAACCGGAGUUUUCCUGCUUUCAUGAGGCAGUGACAACAGCGUCGUGAGUUACUUUCGCUCAUGUAUUAGUGCUUAAAUCACUCCGAUUUCAGCACUCCUGGGAGGGUCACGUAGACCUCGUUCCUCUGGACCUUGAGGAUUGUUGGCAGAAGGAUUUUUACACGGCACAAGUUUAAAUGGAACCCUAUGGUCAUGUUAAUGACAGAAACAGGAAGGCAAGCUGAGAGUGAGCACUGCAUCAAGCAGCAGCCUGCUUUUCAUUCAUACCACGAAUGCCUGUAUGAUUUCAUAACAGUCCAUUACCGCUGCCGUUCCCAACUUUGACUUUAAUCUCAUUGUGUUAUUUUCUCACACUUAAAAAAAAGGAGAGAGUUUUCACUUUCAGGCUUCUGCUGUCCCCAUUUUUUAUGAGACUAGUCCACAAAGCCGUUAAAGUCCUCCGUUGUUCCCUUUAAAAUAAACAUCGUCUCACUGAAUCACAUUUAAUGUAUCUGAGCAGCAGAAGCAAACUUCACUGACCUGUCGUUUCAGGGGGCGCUGCUUUCUAAUAGACGCCAUAUUUAGCAGCUGAACCGAAAAAUUUGAACACACAAAACAUGUUUCUCCAGGCAGUAACCCUCAAACACACUUGAACGGAAAUUUACAUUUUGACCAGGGCGUGAUAUUUUCCUUUUUAUGAAUCAGAGCUGAAGCAGACCGGUCAAAAAAAAAACAUCAAAAAUGAAUCAGUAAUGACACUAGAUAUCUUUUUUAGGUGAAAUGUGCCUUUAAAAGGGCGGCAUUAUUAUUAUUUUCCCACCUUUGCAGCAGCAGGAAGCGAAAAGAAGCUGCUUCGAUGAGUCGUAUGAAAUAAAGAUCACAGGCUGUAAAACGGACAUGUUUUCCACUCCAACAAAAAAGGUAAACUCAAGCCGCUGCGUAUCGAGAAUGAAAUGAAAUUAAGCUUUUAGCUCAUCGUCUGUAAAUCAAUUUAAAUCAGCUAAAGCCCAACAGACUUGAAACCGUUCCAGGAGGACACAAAGAAAUCUUUGUAACGGGUCCCAUCUCCAUCAUAUCCCCGCUAACGCACACACACACUCACACUCUCACAAUCUGCUUUCUGGACAGGCAGGCUCAUUACUGAUGAGGUUCGGGGUUCGAUGGUGGGAUGGAGGGAACAUCUGUGUCGUACCAUUGGCUGAAACACGUGCGCUCCACUUUGCACUCUCUCUUUUUCGAACUGUGUGGUUUUAUUUCGAGAGUAUUUAGCAGAAGAUUAUUAAACAUAUUCAGGGUGUGUUCAAAACAUAAAAAAGUGUGGGAACAGCAGGAAGUGAAGCAAGACCAGACCCUUUUUCCCCCUCCUUGUACUUCUCUGAUUUAAUUCUGUAUUUGUCCUUCUCUCUCUUUGCUCUCUGCAUACUGAAUGACUGCUCCUCUUGUUAUUCUCCAUUCACAUCCUCUUUCUUCUUCUGCUUUCUGUAGACCCAGACAUAUAAUCUGCAUUGCUUCCUUCCACCAAACUCAAUCGAAUGCCAGUCAGUGCGUACACACAAACGCUCCCAUGUGUUCAGAUAACAUCCACACAUACAUCCACAGCUCUGCAGGGUCUGAUUUUGCAGAUAGAUCAACACAUGCAGGGACACUUUAACCGACGUGGGUAAUCUCACACGCUUGUUCGUGGAAGUGUCGGAGGCUCAAACCUGCAUCCACACACUUUAAAAAGGAGCUAAAGUCAGAGAGGGAUUUUUUUUCAUCUCUUUUUGGUUCUGCAUUAUGCAGCUCUGUGGCGCACAGGCUGCUUCACUUAUGAUAACAGAAUAUUUUCAGCUUCACUGCAGUGCCUGCAAGUCAAGCUCCACCAGGUCCAGCAUUUCGAUGUUUGACUUUCCUAAAGGGGAUGCAUAUGUCUGGCAGGUGCCCGAGCAUAUUUCCUUAAUUUUCUGAACAUUUCCAUAUGUGGCUGUUUUUUUUUUCUCUUCUGCUCCAGAGAUUGAUCUCAUGUUUAUAAUUCUCAAAUUAACCCGAGAUCUCCUUUCAGCACAACAAGUUCUUUGGCUAACCGGAGACAUCUCACAGCCGAACCUGCCCGCUUCCAACAUUUGUCUAGAUAAGCAGUGGAACAUUAGUCAUAACUCUGCCGCGGCUCAAGCAAUUCAAGGCCUUCCCGCGUCCUUUUGGUGCAAAAUUCAAGCGAUAUUUUCAGAGAACAGCGGGCCGGUCAGAUUCUGAAGCACAAAAGAGGGAUUGAUUACAGUCAGACGCCAGAGAAAGGGGGCAAAGAGGGAGCUCAGUAUGGAGUGGGGUGUAGGGAUACAUAGGGGGAAUUUGGGUAUUGUUUUUUUGCCUCUAGGACUUCACUGUGGAAUACUUGAGUGGACCAGAGGCAGUACAAGACAUGUGCUGUGAGCAGCCUCGAACACGUGCCCCUCAUGCUGGGAAGCCCCUUGAAUUCUCUGAAACAGAACCUGGUUUCCUGUGGGUUAGCUCUGAAGAUGUAUAGAAUAAAAAAACUCACCACAAAAGCUUUUGAACAGAGGAAACUGUUUAGCGAAGUAAGUGUCGUGUUUCAAGACUGAAUGUAAGAAUACCACCAAUGUCAAACUUAAUCACUCUUAGAUGAGGUUUCUUAUAAUUGGCUGCGCUUUGAGGGUUUUUUUCCUUCAGCUAACAAUAACAGCAAUUAGAAAAUAUAAUUAUAAAUGAAGACUGCAAAACUCCGCUCAAUGUUUUAAACAAAUUUCAGCCUUAACCAGCUCAAAUCUGCCCACAGGAGGUUUAACAAACUUCUCCUCGUUUCUGGCACGUCUCUCUCAAGAACUUUUUUUUUUUUGGCUAACAGAUCCAGUCGGUUUCACACUUACUGGGUUUCCACGGACCAAAUUGAGACAUCGAAGCGAGGCCCUGGCAGAUUUUUACAUCUUUGAGGGAAGGUUUUUUUAGUUUAGUGUGUCUGAGAAGCGAAUCAACGAGAGCAGCAGAGAUCGGAGGGGGAAAAGAGAGAGAGAGAGAGAGAGAGAGAGAGAGAAACUCAUGAGGGAGGAAAUAACAUAAACCAGAUGUCUUUAAUCAUAAUUUUGGAGUCGUCAGAUGUCAGAUUACCUCAUGGACUUGGAAGAACACACUGAGGAAAAGAAGGAAAAUAACUCUAACACUAACUCUGUGUGUGUGUUAUUGUUCAGAGAUCAUGCUAUUUAAAGAUAUCAGAUAUACAAGCUAAUAAAGAGGCUCUUAUGCAACUUUGAAUGAUCUCAUCGGUUUCACGCCUCUGGUUUUAUGCACAUUUCCAAUCUCUUCUUAAAUUCCCACAUUGAUCCUUUUACAUGCUCUUCUUCACCGCGUAUUUCUAUCGCUUCACCCCUGCGGCACCGUCUCUUUCUGUCUGUUACAAAUUAACCUCUUUAUCUUUUAUCUGCUUUUAUUUGCCUAUCAAAACACAUGUGAGUAUUCUGUUUGGAGAAGCUUUAUCAUUUAAACUUUAUCAAUAUUUGCAUUCACCUUCUCAGGUACUCUGUGUUUGCAUUUGCCGAGCCAAGGCGUGGUCUUGAACUGAGCUUAUGGCCUUACACGAUCGCUUUGACACCUCGGGUGGCCUCAUUCACCGUCCUCAUGUCACAAUACAAUGACUGAUAGCUGAUGUUUUGGCUGCGUGACGUUCCCUCCCACAGAUUCUUUGCGAGGGUGUCGUCUUUUAGCUUUGUCCUGCAUAAGAGGUCAUCAGGCUUGACUUGGAUGACUAUAAAUGGAUAAAUGGAUGAGAAGGACAGGUUAAGGGUUGGGGUCUGGUGAAUGUACUCGCCUUCUCUGCUGCAUUUGAUUAUAAAGAGAGCUAUAUUUAGCCGCUCCUUGGCAGCAGCUUCUUCUGCUUGAUUAAAGCUAGGAGAAGAUUUGCCUGGUGGCUUUGGCGCCCACUGGCUCACUGGCUGAACGACAGCGCGGAUGACAGGCCGCGGCGGACGGGCCGUUUGGUCGGUUGGUUGGUUAGCAGAGCGACAGGAUGACUGGCCGUCUGAAGAAUGAGCUAACAACAGCUCUCGCUCUGCGCUUGUGGCUGGAGCGCUCCGCACAAGACAGCCACUUUACAAAACAACAAAUCACAAGUUGAGCUCCUUAAGGGAGUGCUUUCAAUAAACAACAGCAUGAUUCACAGCGAGUUGAAAACACAGAGGCAGUCAUGUUGGGAGAGGAGAGUUUGACUGUUUACAUCAACAAAGGCACAGGUAUGGAGCAGAGUGCAAGUUCGAAUCGCGCUUUCACAGACGGGUGUUGCCAUUUGAUCUCCAAACAGUGUGUGUAAUAACUGUUGGUCGGUAUGAACAAAAUCUUAUAUCUUGGUAUAAGUAACUUCAUAUCACGGUAUGUCUAUUCCCCUUGUAAAUUCAAUUACUGGCAUAAAAAUAACCGGUAACCCUUUCUUUCACGCUACACUUAUUACCAGGUAAUUAACAGGUAAUUACUUAGUAACAACAUGAAAUUAUCUGGUAAUUACAUGAUAACUUCUAAGUCAAUACUGUCUAGCUACCAGGUAGGUAACCUUCCAUCAUCAUACAAAUUUGAAGCCGAAUUGCUCUGGUAUUUCCAGGAUUUUCUCCACUUCCUGGAACCACCACUUGCGCAGUAGCAUUGUACGCAUUCAGCGGGUGAGUCGCUGUGAUAAUGCUCGGCUCAAACAGCGUAUCGCUACGCAAUCUUCGCUCGCCCAUAGGCUGUAUCAAGUGUCAAUCAUAGAAAAUAAGAACCCCAAAUAGCUUUUGAAAAUGGAGCUGCACAAAAAAAGAGAAAAACUAGACAGUAUUGACUUAGUGGUUAUCAUGUAAUUACCAGAUAAUUUCAUGUUGUUACUAGGUAAUUACCUGUUAAUUACCUGGUAAUAAGUGUACCGUAAAAGAGAGGGUUGCCUAAUAACCAUACUGUUGCAUUUGUUCAUUUUCCUUUUAUUUUUAAACUUGGAUUUAUAUACAAACAAAAUGCCACACCACUCUGGCGAUUUUUUAUCAUGGCGUACCUUUGGCAAAAGACUCUGCCAAGCUCUUUUGUAUGAGAGGAGCUGCUGCAACUUUAGUUUUUGGUGCAGUGGGUGCGCCACGCAUCUUUUGGCUCUUAUAAUAGCGCUUGGCGUGUUUCAUCUAUAGGCAGUGAAAGAGGUUUCUGGUGUUUCCACCUCCAGCAAUGACAGCCACACGACACUCUUUGUGUAGGAUUGUUUUUUGGUAUUGUCGGAUUUUCUAAAUCUGAAGAAUCUCCAGACAACCGAUGUCUCGAUUUGCGCCCUUUUUCCAGUACGAGUUCCUCCUACUCUUCCUCAUGUUGGGUUGAUCGGGCUGCCUUGAUUGCUCGGUGCUGCCACUAAUCUUCGCGUCCGUCCAAAGCUGUUUCUUCUUCGUCGAAACUAUGCCAUGUUGUUUUUGUUGACGAUGACGUUGUCGAAAAUAUUUCGUCAACGUCAUCGUCAACAAAAACAACACUGGAUUAUAGAACAGAGUGAACAAACUCCGCACGACACGCUGGUGAAUAUACGGAAACGCACCCAAACAGUUGCGCUCUGACUUUCCUGUACUGGAGAGAUGCAGCUGACAUCUGCUCUCUCUCCCCGGUAUAAAUCAUAUAGCAAAGUUUGUACUGGUAGACACUUUUAUAGCGUCACACGGUAUAUACCGUCAUACCGCCCAACACUAGCGUGUAUUAAAGCAUCCAAAGACUUAACUCUCCCAGUCUUUCACAGGCAUGUCUAAAUGUCGUGCAGCAGACUUUAAAUGAGCUUCCAUGUGCUUUUUCUUACGCGUUUGAGUGCGUGACUUACUGUUCUCUUUAAAUCUAUUGUUCCUGCUAAUUCUCGAUCGUUCCAUCUGUAUGUUUUGCUAAUCUAAGGUUGCGUUUUUGGAAAUGCUGCCUGUCUUCUCUCUCACAGUUAAAAAUAUCACAACACUUCAGAGAAGCCUUUUAAAACAUAUCAAACCAUCUGUGGCGAAGAACACUGGCUGGUGAUAUGUUUACCAGAUAGCAGCCAGCAGUUUUAUUUCGUAGUUGGGUCAGCUUACAAAACGAGGUUUGAGUGACCACAGAGGAUGAAAACUAAACAUGAAAGUCUUGCUACAAGCGUUUCAUUUCCCUAAAUGGGUUUCUAAAGCAGGGGAUGGAAACUUGUGCUGGUUGCUUUCCAUCAUACUUACGUGUGUUUAGUUACAGUGCUCAAUAACAUGUCACCACCUCUUUAUCAGCUGAGGGUGCAAGCCAGAGAGCGUCGCUGUCACUAAAAUAUGUUUUUCACACUAAUCUAAGAGAUAGAGCAGAACAGAAGGAACGCAAGCCAGAGUUUGAGUUUUACCGGUACAGUAUCUGUUCACCGCAGCAGCUUGUUGGUGCAAAUACACAGAACUGAACUGACGGUGAAAAGCCCACCCUUCAAUCCCAUCUACCACAACAGGAGUCUGACCUGAUACUGGAGUUGAUUAGCUUCGUAUGCAAACAUACCCUCCUCCUCUUCUCAAAACACCACCUGCAAACUCAUUACAUUAGUCUGGUGUCUGCCUCUCAGCCUUUAUCUAUUCACUGCACAGCCCACCCUAAUGCAUUAUUUAUAUUCUGGCUGUAAAGGUCAGUGGCGAUGACGUUAACAUCUCAGUAUGGGGAUAUCAAAAAGGUGAUUAUAUUGGAGGGAAGCCUGUGUGUACGCCAUGAAUUUUAAUUCUACAGUGAAGUUCAGCAUACUGGCCGAAUGAAGCACUGUGGGACAGCUACGAGUGACUUCCUCAGAAUUUUUGUCUCAGAAUCAAAACUUUUAAAUGCUUCUCCACCUGUGUUUGCAUUAGUGUUGAUCGAACCAGCCAACUUUUCAUGAAGGUCAUGUUGAAAAACAGAAAAUGGCACCGGAAAGGUAAUUUUGGUAUGUUUUUUUGGCACCUAGAAACCUUUGCUACGAAGGGUUUUUGAUGCCAAGUUUGAAAGAAAUUCUUUUGGAACGGAUUUAAGAGAAACCUGUUUCACACCCAGUUGGUUUCAUCACAUAUCCAUGCUCAGUGUAAUUUGUUGGCAUAGGGUUUCUUUUGUUUGCUAUUGGGUGUUGUUUUGUUUCAUUCCUGUCAUGUUUAUGAACCUGCUUAUUAUUUCACUGACAGGAAUGACUUAAGGAAGUUCAUAAUGCUGAGCUAUCAAGAGAGGAUAUAACUCUGUUCUUAUAGCGAACAAAAUGCCCUAUUACCCCAUUUGCAUGCUGCCUUGUCUGUAUUUUGGGUUAAACUUGGCCUUAUUUCAAAACUCUUUAAGGGCCUAUGUCCACUGACUGCUGUCACUGCCUUCUGUCUAUACCUGGCUAAUGCAUGACAGCAGUUUUUUGUCACUUUUUGUCACAAUAUAGCUCAGAUUUUUUUAAUACCUCCACACUUGUCAGUGUUGGCACUUUCUCUCAGACCAAACAAUAUUGAGAAAAAGCAGGGACUCCUGGUGGCAGCAGCCAGACGUACCACACUUUUCUUUUUUUUUUGGUAGGGGGUGGUGAUGAUUUUCAGGUCUAAAGAUGAUGCUGAAACCGAACUAAAAGUUAUCAUUGUGAUGUUGUUUUUGUAAAAGUAUCUCAAUACUGGGAAUUUGAAUCACAGGAACUGAGGAUGCUGUCACUGCCAGAACAAAAUUGCUGUUAGUAGACACAGGCCCUAAGCCUGGUCAACUUGGUUUUGCUGUAUAAUCUAGGGCAUUAAAUGACUUUUGUAACUUGAAGGCUAAAUGUAAAAUGUAAAAAGUUAAAGAAGAUUAUUUCAAAUCCAUUUAAUCCUUUUAAGCCUUUGAAAACAAAAAGGGAAAUUUGAAAUCAAUUCUGUAUUUCACUGGAAAGUGUUGAAAGUCACAGAGAGCAGGGGAUUACUGAGGUCAAGGCCAGAUGUGAUUAAAACUGCAAGGUCCUUGUACAUAAGGAUGCAAGCUCAUUUUUUAGGAUGGGUGCAAGGUGGUUCAUAGAUAGCUGAAGUUUUGUGAUGAAUCAUUUAAAAGCUGGUUUUCCCCAUGUAUUAUGAAACGUCCUGAAAGAGUUAAGCAGGUGCAAAAAAGUGGAACCACUGGUUAGUAAAAUUGGGAGAUAUCUGCCCAAGAGUGAACAGAAUAUUAUAUGACUCAAAGAUACAGUGCCAAGGAAGCAUGUGUGAUGAGAAUACAAAGGCAUGAAUCAGUCACAGAGAACAAAGACAUCUGGGGAACAUGGAUAAAUGUGGGACACAGCUGUAAUCGCACAUUUUUAUCUGUUGUGCAUGAUCCCCUAAACAUCAGAGUUGAACCCUCGAUGCUCCAAACUGCAGAUUUUCUUUGUAGCAAUGAAAUAAAAACACAAGUGCACAGAUUUUUUUGUGUGGAUUCAAUUUAACACCAAUAACGUUGAAGUUGAAAUGCUGUUUUAGUGUUCCUGCUUAUUGUUAUUCUUUGAUGAAGAUGCACACAGCCUCUUCUGCAGAAACUGAUGCAGGAGUCUUCAUCUUCCUCCGCUCUAGUGUGAGGAGGAUUAUAUAUAUUGUUAAACCACAGAUGGAUGAAGAAUUUCGAAGCCUGUUGACUUCACCGUAUUGAUUUUUUUUCUCUCUCUCGCUGUCUUUCUUCUUCUUCUCUCCCCCCAGACCUCCUAAACGGAGCCCAGGAGAAGUGCGAGCUGCCGCCUUUGGAUGGUUUUCCUCACUGCGAGGGCAAGCUCAAGGUGAAUCAUUCAAACCUUAAAAAAAGAGAGACGCACACAUAAAGACAGCCUUCCCUUUACACUCUGCAGCUCAGAGGAGAAAGACGGAGUUAGCUGCAGAAGAAAGAAUAAAGAGCGCCAGCAGCUAAAAACUCUAACAAGGCAAACAGGAAACUGCAGUUUUUUUAGAAUAAGUACAAACAAUCAUCUUGUCUGUGUAAUCCAUCAUAUUAAACAUAAGUACUGUGCUUUAAGGAUACAUAAUGUAUGUUGUUGAUGUUUUUUGUGUGUAUGUUGAUUGGUGAUGAUGAUGUUUACCUUACACAAUGCCCAUCAACCUCAACUUGAAGCUGCACUUAGGGCCUGUUUCCACUAACCCAAUUUUCUUGCACAAGAUCAGUGCAGUUCAGUGAUCGCUGCACCAACUUUUGAAAGGACUGUACAGCUUUUGCACAUGCUGAUGAAGCCAGAACAACACUUUUUAAUUCUUACAGCGCCUGAAAAGGGUUAAAGGCACCUUAAAGUACGCUGCAGAGUAAAUACCGUCGCUGAGCACCUGUGUUGUUUGCAAACAUUCAAAUGAGGUAUUUGAAGCGAAACAGUCCUUUCUUUCUGAAUCAAGGAACAACACUUUCACGAACACCAGCAAGUGACAUCUUAGACAUUUUCUGAAAACUGGUGGCAGCUAGUCUGGAGUGUUUGUCGAAGUCUUCAGCAAUCAAGACAGCAAAUAAUACAUUUUAUCUGUACAUAAGUCUGUCUGCUUUCGCCCGCUGUAAAAAAAGUGUUUGGACAGAGUUUAGUGACGUCAGGAUGAAAGGGCAAAGCGCAGCGGAAAGAGAAGAGGCUGACAGCUCGUCUGCAAACAGAUGCAAUUUUGAAGCAAAGCACAAAAAAGCGUCCUCUCGAAAGAAACUAGCAUGAAAGCGAGCCUGACAGCAAUACGCUCAUGAAUAACAAACACACAGAUGUAAACAGAAGCUCAGAUUCAUAUUUCCGUUUUACUGUGGGUGUGUGGGUCUCUCUGGAGCUGAUAGGGCCCUAUCAUACACACCAUCUGUUCGGCCAGGUCCCAGUCCUCCGCUGAUACUGUCAGCACUUCCAACUGGGCGCCAGGCCCUGCCAAAGCUGACUCUCCGUGUACACAAGCACAGCCACUCACUCUGGCACACGCGUCUACUGUACAGAGAUGAAAUGCAAAUAAACUUUGUUACAGAGGCUUGUCUUAGAUUGACAAAUCCACCAUUGAGAACAAUGCUUAUGCUUAUAACAACCAAAAUUCUCAGAUUCAAGCCCAUCUGUCUCCUCCCUCCUCUACAGACAGCUUUGAAAACCUAUAUUUCCUGUGUUCUGCUCCCUCAAGUCAGUAUCCAUGCUGUCCUUGAGCCUGAUCUUAGCUCAGUGGCACUUAUACUAGGCAGCCACUCAUGACAGCGCCACACUUACAUUGAUAUAUUCCCACAUGUUCUCAAGACAGCAACCCAGCACGACCUCACACUCAUCCUGUUGGACGCCGAGAAGCCCCUGCACGUGUAUUUAAUGAAAGGGAACUUGUUUUCUUUUUGAUUCCCAGACCCCGCAUUUUCCAUUUGAUUCCAGAGACUUAGAGCCAGUGAAUGUGGAGUCACAGUCCUGCUCCUCUAACCUCUGAGCAAAAACAAACAGACUGGAGUAUUUCCAUACGGAGGGUGAAAGAAGACAUAGUAGGCUUGUGUUAAAGUAUCACAAUCUGCAUACACAAAAACAACAAAGACAAAACUUUAAUAAAAUUCUUAUCCAGCAGCACAACCACUGAAGUUCUUGUGAGAUAUACAUUCAUAUAUUUCAGGGAUCAAAAUCCAGGUGGAUGGAAGAGGUUGAUUUGUGAGAAGCUCAGAUUGAACCCUGCUUCUUUCUCCUUUCUCUUAGUGGAUGAAGGAGAUGUGGCGCUCAGACUCCUGCUACGGCAACUAUGGCGUGGACGGAUCCACCUGCUCUUUCUUCAUCUACCUCAGCGAGGUCAGUUAACCAACACUGUGAUUGGGGUUUGCUGAUUGCAUUGAUACACGGCUGAUGUUUGUACUCUGGAUAAUUAGUGAUAAAGACGGCGUGGCUGUUGGAAAUUCACACAUUUACCAGGUUGAGUAUAAAAAUAACUUGAACUUUAAAUAGAAUAUAUUCCUUUUGUGUUAUGUUAUUACUCAACAGAUGCAUCCGCCCACCUCUCUGUAUGAUAUUAGACAGUAAAUGGUGUGGAAACAUCUGAUCAGUGAGGAGAAGAAGUUCAUAUCCCUCAUAUUUAGAGCAAAAUGAAAGUGGAGGCAGGAAUAAAUGUUCAGCUGAUGUCAGUGAUCAUAAAUAUACGAAAAUACAAGCAGAAAAAAAACAUGGAGCAGAUUGACUCGGCCAUAUUUUUUCACUUUUGUCUUGAGGAAACAGAUUUUUCCUUGGAAAUGUUGCUUGAAGAGUUUUGAAUAAUGCUUGAGGGAAAUGGGAGAGAACAAAUUUCCAUUCAAGAGUUGUGUAAAAUUUAACCAAAUUGUGGAAAGAGUAUACAAAUCAGUGCAGUGGGGAAACAGGCCGAGCUGAGCGCCAGGAAAAUCCUCGAAGAAUGAAAAGAUGAUUGAAGAGUACUGUUUGUUUACUUUGAAACAGGAAAUAUGCGAGUUUCCUCGGGUUUCACAUCUUCUUUUGUCUCUUUUUCUCUUUUUCUUCUCUGCACCGUGAUCGUCAAAUAUCAUCAAUUGUCUGAGCUUACACACAUGCAAAUCUGGGUUUUCUGCCAUGUCCAUGAGUCUGGAGCAGCUUUUUAAACCACGAAGACGUUGAUAUGUAAAACUACACAUAAAUCCAUAUUCAUAAAUCAUAAAUUCAUUCAUGAAUGAGACCCAUUGAGUGCGUGAUUGAAACAAAUUUGGAUGCGCUCGAGCCCUAAGGCAGCGCGAGAUCACACAAUGACCAUCACAGUAUUGUGAUCAAAAGUAGUCUAUUUAAACAGUCUCAUGACUGCAUGUCUUAUGUGACACUUAACACUGAAUGCUGUUCUCGACUUGUGGAAAGUCACAUGCAUGACUUUAGCACAUGAAGUCUCUCAGGACACAGAUGGUGCAGGAACUCAAACUUAAGCGAAAGAAGCAAAUUAAUCAAAGAGAGUAAUUCUUAACCAUUCCUGUCUUUGAUUGAAAGACUGAAAACAUGGCUUUAGUAAUCGGUUAGAUUACACUACAGGCCAAAAGUUUGGAAGCAAGGCCAUUACAGGCUGAACAGCUGGGAGUAACUUCAAGUUUUUGUUCAAAAUGCUUUUUUAAAAUCCAGCAUGAGUUGUAUGUAUUUUGGGAUGUAUUUACUCCAUUAUCAGAUGUUUCUUCCAGUAAGAGAGAUCGGUGAAAGACAGCACCAAAAAUAAGGGAAGAAAUCAACAUGACAAGGUCAAAACCCAUAUCUCUGACAACGGUGAAAAGACAUUUGAGGAAGGCUGGUCUGAAGGGUUGUGUAUCGUCCAAACUGGUGAAUGUCUGAAAGCACCAUGUGUUACACCCAAUAUUAAGCAAGGAGCUGGUAGUUCCAUGGUAUGGGGAUGUUUUGCAGAUGAUGGAGUAGAAGAUUUGUUUGAAGUAAAGGGUAUCAUGAAGAAGGAACAGUACCACUCCAUCCUCCAGCACCAUGCUGCUCCAUCUGGACUCAGACUUGCGGGUCACAAGUUUGUUUUGCAGCAAGACAAUGACCCUAAGCAUUCUGCCAAGUUCUAUCAGGGUUACUCAGACAAAAAACAAGAGGAAAGUGUUCUUCAAAAGAUGGUUUGGCCCCCUCAGUCUCCAGACCUUUCUCCAAUAGAGCUUGUGCGGGAUGAAUUGGAUCGAUCGGUCAGAAAGGCGCGUCUCACAAAUCGGCAAUAUCUUUUUGAUGAACUUAAGAAAGCUUGGAAUGCAAUCCCUGGAACAUACCUUAGAAAACUUGUGGAACGAAUGCCUGGUAUAUGCCAAGCUGCUGUUAAAGCCAGAGGAGGUUUCUUUAAAGAAAGCAAAGUCUAAGCAACAAUAACUCAAAUACCUAAUAAUUAUAGUCAGAAUGUCUUCUGAUAAGUUACUCUUUACACAAUAGUCAUGUUUAUUGUGUUGCAAAGUAUAAUAAUGAAACUAUGAUCUUGCUUCCAAACCACUGACCUGUAGUGUACAUAUUUGAUAUUUAAUUUCAAGAGGGAUAGGGGAUUUUCUUUAUUGCUUACAAAGGAAACACGUAGGUUGAUGUUAAUCUUUCAGUUCGGGCUGAAACGUUUACCAACCUUCAGUGGAAUGUGUGGGGGAUGUUUGUGCUGAACAUAUAAUUAUCACGUUGCCUGUUAGUCAAACACACCUCCUGUAGGAGAGAAGAGUGAGCUGAGACAGCUCCAACACUCCGGCAUAGACACCCGUAAAAAUGAAAGGGCUCAGAGCAACAACCUCCAAACAAAACUCCUGUUACCCGAGAUUGAUCACACAAGAACGAAGCGCUAAAAAUAAAACCAAAGCAGCGAGGUAGAGAGGAUUUCAUUUUUAAUGAGAGCAAAUUAGAGUGUGUAGAGUGUGUUUCUGGGGAUGAUGUGGGAGAAAGUGGGAAUGACUCAGUGGUAAGGGAGCGACAGGAGGGGUGGUGCGAGGUGCUGCAUAAAGAGAUAAGUUUCAGCCUCCAAGGAAGGACUCUGAAUGGUUUUGUUACCGUGCCUUUGUCUCUUCGAUCCUUCGCAAACUGGAAAAAGCAACUUGAGAGCAGGGGGGUGAUUGAUUUUGUUACAAGAGGCUCUUAUUGUGAAGGCUUUUCAACAUGCCCAAACCUUAUAGCUUGUAUAAAGUAAUAUGAAUCUCGCUGUCAUAUCAUUUGACAAAGGUUUUGAUAUGUUCCUUGCAGCUCUUUUGUAAUUGCUUUCAUUCAUCCUGAUACAGCCUGCUGCUAUUUUCCCAGUGUUGUUUGAUUAUGAUGGAUGCUCUUAUCAGAUGGACGGCUUGUACAACUUUUUUCUUUUUACAAAACUGAGCAAAGACUCCUCAAACAAAAGUGAAACCUCAAAGUUUUUCCUGAGAGAACUUUUUUUAAUGGCACAAAAGCGAAAUGUCAGUCAGUGCUUCAGCUUUGAAAUGGUCAGUUGCCUGCUAUGAAUAUUGUAUGCGAGCUGAAAGCAUCUGGCUGAACAAAUAUAGAACACAGAAAGCUUUGCUUUAUCUAAGUAAGAUGGACAACAGCAGAUCCAUUAAGAGGAGAGAAACCUUUCCCUUCCUCGCCCUCUCUGUUCAUGCCUGUCGGAUUUUUCUGACACAGGAGCACAAACACAUUUGUUCACAGAAACAGUUUAAAAGAAUUGCAUCUUCUCUCUGCUUUGAGGUUGAGAGGUUUUUCAUGAAGCGAGUACUCGGGGACCGUGGAUGGAGAUUUGAGUGGGUCCCUGGGACAUUAAAUGGGUCCCCAAUAAGGGAGGUGUUACACUUGAUGAUUUGACCAAACAUAACCAACAUUAAGUUGAGUCCACAGGAUGUGAACCCAGAAACAUCAUGUCUGUAAAAGCCUGGGAGCUUUCUGCUUCCUCCUCUGGUCAUGUGGUAUCACUGCCAUGGCUAUAGGCGUGUAUUUCCAUUUAAACACACACACACAAAACACUCAAACACACCCUUUUGCCAUGUAUAAUUCAUACUUGUCAGCCACCGCAUUAACCUUGCGAAGGGGGCAAACCGCAGAGGUCAACAUAUCAUGAUGGAUGUCAGCUGUGGUGGGCUGACCGGGGAAAGACCAGCGUGAUAUGUGUGUACUGUACAAGAAGGAGGCUAAAGACACCUUACAGUUACUCUCUUUUGGCUGAGACAGGCAAAACACACCGGGAGCUUUUUCUUUCAAUCUUUCUGCGAUCACGGCGCCAGUCAGACUCGUAAAAUGAGGAAGAAAAUGAACAAACGGGGGAAAGACGUUUGACACGCUAGGUGGACUGUGAAAAGUUAAAAGCAGAUUAAAAAAAGAUCUGUGGGAGUGCUGACUUACACGUGUUAAAGAUGUUAAAAAUAAGACCGCCACCUUCACAGUACAUGAAGUGACAGACAGACUGACUCAGGCAGCAAAGCAGCUAAAUUUUAGCGAUUAUGAAAACUAAAUCAAAUCAACAAAAGCGUCCAGAUGGAACUAGAAAGAGCUUCAGAGUUAACAUUUUUUUCACGGUUAAAUCUUUUCCCAGAGUAUAGACAAGGUCUUAAAAAGUCUUAAAACGUCUAAAAUCCAAUAAUUUGAAUGUAAGGCCUUAAAAUGUCUAAAAUUCUCUUAAAAUUACAAGAAAUGUCUAAAAUACGAUUUUGAAAGGUCUUCAAAAUCUAUCAACUCUACUUACAAGAUUAAACAACAUGCCAUAGGAAUAAAGAUUGAUUGGAAGGAAUGUAAAAUGUUCCGAUUUCACUUCAUGUUUUUUGUAUUUUUUUCUUUUGCAAUUAUGGUCUUAAUCUGUAUUCAUUAUGGUCUUUAAAAAGUCUUUAAAAGUCUAAAAAUUGAUUUGUUGAAACCUGGAGAGACCUUGUUAUAUAAGCAAAAUUCUUGUGAUUUUUUUAAAAAUACACAUUUUACCAGCUUAACACAGUGCAAAAUAGUGGCACAUCUUUGCUCUCUAAACCUCCCAAUACAAAAAUUUGCAGACAAUCACCUUUUGUUUCAUUUUUUUCUUUUCAGUUGACUGAAUCUGUGGUUUUGGUUUGACAGGUGGAGAACUGGUGUCCCCGCCUACCCUGGAGGACAAAGACCAUGACCCAAGAAAUAGACCGCAGAGGACAGGUGAGAAACACACAACAACAAAUGUGAGGUUUUCUAGCUUUCACCAUGACAGCUCAAUGAUAUGCUUCCGCUUUAACAACAGUGUUUUAAUGAUACUUGUAGUCGAGUCAAGAAUGAACCCACACCCACUUAAGUCUUUAGGCAUGUCCAAAUUAAAAGGAGAAAAACACCUGAUUUGGUUGUUUUGGGAGUCAGGUUACACUUAAACAGUUACAGUUGUGGUCCAAGUGGAUUAAGGGUAAUCUUGUUUUUGAGUGUGUGAACCUGCUGACAUUAUGCUUUGUCAUUUGCAUAAAUUUUUCAGCAGGCAUUAAUCCCCGCUUCUUUAUCCUACUUAAUGUAGAGACAGAAUUAAAGCACUUAAUGACGUUCAGAGGGAUACUCAAGAUGAAGCAGCACAGUGAAACAAUCAUUUAUAUAAAUUAUUGAUUAGAUACUCGAUGUGAUGUGUUUGAGGUUUUUGUAUUGUUCGAGAAUAAGCGAAUGAGUGAGCAGAUCCGCAGUGUUAACACGUCUGAACGGCGUGAAAGAGCGGAGCAGUUCUCGGAGACUGAAGCUGGAGUGACGGGACCUUGGGACAAAUCUGGAAUAAUGAUCUUCUAUCCCUGCCAACGUGGCCGCUCACUCAAAUCCCACUCAGAGCGCUCCUCCGGGUGGACAGACUUCUGCACAGUCUACAAUAUCAACACUCCUCGAGAAAAAAAGAAAAAGAAAAAGAAAACACACCCCCUUCUCUCUGCUGUGGGUGAAUCAAUAUUAAGCACUCUUCAUCCCCUCGCUGGAUGCUUCAACAGCGCUGAGCCCUCCGUGGUGGGGAGAUGCCAUUUGACAGGCUUUGGAGAUUUUAAUUCAGGCCCAGAUUUUAAUAGGUUCAGUCUGCAAGAGUGAUUUCCUGUCGUGAUGAGGGAUGCUAAUGCCUUGCAACAGUCUUGUUUCAGCCACCUUAGCAGCUGGUAAUGGCGCUGUGGUUUCUCCUUUGCUCACUUUAUCUUACUCUCCUCGGCUCCGGCCAGUCACGGUGUUCAGGCUUUUCCCAAGUUCCCUAUUUUCUCUAUCUUGAACACAUGAAUGAAAAAGGAUUGCUGUUUCAACGGAUAAUCCUCUUUGGAAAUUAAUCUAUUCUGCUGUAACUUGACGAAUAAAAAUCUGCUAAUUUGUAUCUUGGUUCUCUAUCAUGAUAAUUGGAACUGUCAACUCCUCUCCACUCUUCUGAUCUGUUCUACUUUUCCUGUCCUUUCUUUUCUUGGCUGUUUCUUUUGUUUCAUUUCUUUUCCUUCUGUUCUCCUUUCUCUUGAAUUCCUUUUCUCUCUUUGGCGUUUCUGUUCAUUAUCUUCCGCUUGCCUGUCCUUGGCCUUACUACUUACCUUUCCUUUCCCUUUUAUUCUUUCUUUAUUUUCCCUUUACCUCCCCCCUUUUUCUUUUUUUCUCUACCUUUUCCCCCUUUUCUGCCCUUUUUCUUCUCUUUUCUUUUUGCUUUCCCUUUCCCUUUUUCUUUCUUUUCUCUUUCCUUCCCCCCUUUUCCUUCAUUUCUCUUUCCUUUGCCUUUCCCCUUUUUCUUUAUUUUCUCUUUUCUUUCCCUUUUUCUUUUUUAUCUUCCCUUUUCCUUUCCCCUUUUUCUUUCUUUUCUCUUUCCUUUCCCUUUUCCCUUUUUCUUUCUUUUCUUUUCCUUUCCCUUUUUCCUUUUUUCUUUCUUUUCUUUUCUCUUCCCUUUCCUAUCCCCUUUCUCCUUCUUUUUCUCUUCCCUUUCCUAUCCCCCUCUUUUUUCUUUUCUGUUCCCCUUUCCUUAUUUCUUUCUUUCCACUCUUUUGCCAACAAACUGUGAAGGUGCCUCAUGUCUCAUAUUUAGUUUUCUUUUCUGAUCUAACUUGAGUUUUAUUACAGCUAUUAUCACCGCCACAGACUCCCUUUACUGCCUUCUUUAAUGAUUAUUGAGAGCUUUCUGUGACUUUCUGUACUUUUCUAUUAGAUUUAUCUGUCUGCCAUUCUGAGGUGGAAAAAUGAGAUUCAGAGAAGUCUUUAAUCCUCGAGCCGGCUGUGACUUUGGCUUUUACCGAGAGCACUUAGUUUCAUCACAACGCCUUCUUCAAAAAGGGUCUCCUUCCAAGAAAAGAGCCCUUCAGCAAUUUGGAAAUAGCAGUAGUCAAUAUUAUAAGUUUAAAGAAGUUUCGAUAAAUUUUUAAAAAGCUCAACUGGAUUAAGUCACGGCAGAAAUGGAAUUUGAAACAAGCUCGGCUAUUAAGAUGAAAGAGAGAGAAAAGAGGAGGAAGUAUUAGCACCUCAGAUUAGAUUUCAUUCGUUGAAACAGAAAUCUCGUCCCUGACAUCACUCACUCUAACCGUGCAUGUAUGCUGCUGAUUGGGUCUUAUCCACUGAUGCAUUGCCUCCGUGUGUGCGCAGGCGGAGGUCAGGACCAGCUUCGACGAGCUCUACCGUGUGAUGUCACAGCGCGAGGAGUUCCGCUGGAUGAUGCUGCGUAUCAAACGCAUGGCCGAGCCGUGGGUCAGCGCCAUCCGCUCGCUGGCUGCCAAGCAGGACCUGGCCAGGCGCCGCAGGAAGAAGGUGGGCAUAACAUGCAGGGCCUUGUACAAUGGAGGGAGCAAUUAAGGAUUGAACUGAGCGGAGGGAAAGCCAGAGAACUAUUGUGUGACGUUAAGUGCUUGUGGAUGCUAGUUUGUUGACGUUAGCACCAAAAUGUUCGACGGGUAAUAAAUCAAGGAACUUCCUUUUUUAGACUCUGUAUUGUGUUAGGCCGGAUAGAACACUGUUCCUCACCUCCUAAAACUCUCACCCUGCACUUGAGGACAUUUCAGGAGAUCAGCCAGACACAGCGAUUUGCUUGAUAUGAAGUCUAACUGUGACAGAUUUCCAUGCAUUAUAAAUGUAACCAGCCCUGACACAUGCAUAACACCUGAUAAGGAUCUUAAAGAUGUUCCCUUAAAAAGUUCUCGUUCAACUCCCCAAAAUGUCACCACUGAGCUCUGAUACAUCUCGAACUUACGAGUAAAGGAACACUGUCAAAAACUUUCCAAAAACACCUUCCCUUAGUCGGCAGAAUUUCACGCCUCAGGUACACGCACACGCUGAAACGCGCACUCAUUCGCACUUGUAGCGCGCCCCCGUUUUAGCUCAGGGGAGAGAUUGCGGUGGGAAAGGACUGACAUGGAUAUUCAAUUGUGUCCCAAGCUGGCAGCAGCUUCCAGCACUGAAUAAUGUACUCCACACUUUCCACUGGCCUUGUGAAUAAUUCACAUCACAUUCCCAUGAUACCUUGGUGCUGAUGCAAAGCAGCAACCCCUGUAGCAACGCGGAGGAUGCGAGAAACCAGAACCCUCAUCUAUCCAUCUGUUUAUCUGUCUUUGGUAUCCCUUCUCCAUUCUCUGUUCCCCGGUUUAAUCUAUUCAGCAUAUAAUUAAGGAGGUUUUUUAUUUUCCUCUCAGAGCCGUGUCUUUAUUUCAGCCGCUAAUCUCUUUUGGAUAUUAAUCUGCACAUAUUAAUCCCUCACUGGUGUGCUGUUGAACUGAGGCGAGCUGUCAACACUGAAAAAUGCACAGGUCACUUCAAACAAAGGCCACUAUUACUUCCUGCACUCGCUGCAGAACACAGUGUUCCCCCAGAGCAAGUGAAAAUCACUUUGUGCGUGUGUCUUUGAGUGUGAUCCUUUUUCAGUGAUGCGGCAUGUGUUUCUCUUAAAAGUUGAACAGCUUUCUGAGCAGAAAGGGGAUUUUUUUUUUGCUCUUCUUCUCCUGCAGGUCCUGGUGCAUUUGGGCCUGCUGACUAAGGAGUCGGGCUUUAAGAUAGCAGAAAACGCCUUCAGCGGUGGCCCACUAGGAGAGCUGGUCCAGUGGAGCGAUCUCAUAACCACACUGUACCUGCUCGGCCAUGAUGUUCGCAUCUCGGCGUCCCUGGCUGAGCUCAAAGAGUAAGUCCAAAUAAGCCCACCCGGCUUCUGCAGCCUGCUCCAAUCUCUGCUUUGGACAACAUAAAUUGCUAGUAGCAUAAAACUCCUACUUUUCCAGGUUGUGGAAGAAAAACACACGCAGUAAAUUAGAAUAGAAGAGUGCUUUGCAUCAUGUUUGGUUGUUUUUAAACUGUUCUGUACUCUUUUGUGCAAUGCUAAAUCAGUUAAGUACACCUUAAGGCCAAACACAGCCUGUUCCCGAGUUAUAAUGAUUGUUGUUUAUCCAGAUGUGCCUCUGUAGAGCACAUGUCUGAGGUCAGAUAUUCCAAAGUUCUGUUUUGCACUGUCUUGGCUGCUCUGAGUUUGUGUGCGAAUCAUCGGUCUUAAUUUUUAUAACAGGCGACUCUUCGCUGUAUUUUCUUCAGGGUUGGAUUUAAAGGGAUAUUCUGGCAUAAAAUUAAUUUAGGGUCAAACACACUGUAAUACAGAGUUAGACACCCCCUGGAGAGAUGAAUGUUGCCGACCGCUUGCUUCUCUAGUUAUACCAACUUUAGAAACGACCGCACCAUAGCAAUACACAGCGGUCUGAGGAGCCAUCAACAAAGCUCAACCAAAACGCCACUCUAUAGCCACAAAUAAUGCUCAGAACAGCACCUAACUUCAUCAAAAGUACAUAUAGGGUCCUAGCCACAGCACUAACCACCAAACAUCUUUUUAACUUUGCCUAAUUUCUUAAGCAAAGAGACUAAACACAACUCACCUACUCUCUUCCAGCAGCUGCUUGUUUGUAGCGAGACCUCAGGACAGUCCAUUACAGACUGCUGUGGGGUGACGCAGCUCAAGGAAGAAUAUUUAUGAUCCUUUCUUUAUCAUUUCCUUGAAGUAAUAAUCAUCAUAUUAAUCAUUUUGCACUGCAGACACGGUAGUUCUUCUGCCUUAGCAUCUCAAUCUGAUUGCAUUUCCAUGAAGAAAUGAUCAUAAAUGUUCUUCCUUGAGCUGCAUAACCCCACUGUAGACUGAGCUUCUAACUCGGUGUUGCGGUGUGUUGGACCCUAAAUUAAUUUUACGCCCAGUUCUGCCCAGGUUACGACACAAAUUCUCUUAAUGACUCAUCUGUUUUAUUUGCACAAAUGUUUGCUCAGGGUUUUUAAUGUUGGAUAAUAGAAAAAGCAAACAAGAGCAACAGCUGACUAACUUGACUGUCACCACAGGAUCAUGCGCAAGGUCAUGGGGAACAAGUCAAGUUGCCCGACCCAGGGGGACAAAAUCGUGGAGCUCAUCUACAUCGACAUCGUGGGCCUCACCCAGUUUAAGAAGACGCUGGGACCUGCUUGGGUUCACUACCAGUAAGUACAAAGACUUCCACCCUCUUCUAUUGUCUUGUCAGCCGCUCGGCUAAUUCAGUCAUUUGUACAGCCCUGUAACCUCGCGCUGCCUCUGCCAGUUGUGGUUGAACCACUUCUGUCAGAGGCGUAGGGCUUCGAGUUGAGGCUUGUCUCGCACUUGGUUUGACAACAAGUCUAUUCUCUGCCCGUACAUUACCACAGACUCCCAAAAGGCCGCGGUAACGUCCGUCACUGGUGAUAUUUUCAGCUCUCGAGUCUAUUCUUCCUCUGAUUGCUCCGCAGAGGACUGUAGAUGAGACCCUCCUGGUUUGUUUUCCAAAACGCUGUCAUCACCCCUUGGACUGACAGGAAAAGAAAAAGAACAAUACGUCUGCGGGCACUAAUGGCCCUGCUGGUUCCUCCUGCUUGUCACUAGGUUUUGUCCGUCUGUGACAUAACACCUUAGACUGCAUCCGCUCCCUUUGUGCCCUGAGGAAAUUGAUUCAGCUCCAGAGUAUAAUGCAAGGUCCAGAUGCUGUUUCUCGCUUACCACCGACGACCACUCAUGCCAGGGUGCUUUGCAGGAGCGUGUCUGCUUGUUGUGUUUUGUGAAAGAGGACCUUGACUGCACUUGGAACCAUUUUUCUGUACAGUUUCUGUUUUACUAAUCCUAACCCACUCAGCCUCCCUGUUUGGCCUUUUGUAAGCGGCGUCGUCUUUCCUCUAAGUGGAUAGGAUGUCUUGCCCUCGUUGCCUUUUGUAACAGCGUUUCUUUGUCAGGGUGAAAUACAUCCAGUGGACUGAACAUGCCGGAUUUGUUUGCAUAUCAGUCUCAGAAACGUAGCAUACAAUAAACCCUGUCGUUAUUGUUCUUGCUUUCCCUGUUUUUUUUUUUUUUUUCGUGUGUUUGGGGACAAAGCUACAAAGUCUGUCAGGCCCAUUUGUGAGUAAUGCGUUUUGUUAUUUCCCCAGUCUUCCUGCGAACCGUCUUUCAGCGCUGUAUCGCUGCGUUUCAUACUACUCCAGUGCAGUGGGAAUACUCUGAGCUAUUGUUUUUCCGGGUAUAAACUUGAGCCAAUGAUUCCCUGUUGUUCUAUUUCAUUUAAUCCUUUCAUCCAAUAACCUAAUCUCAGCAGUGCAAUGUCAUCAGCAUCGGCGAGGCAGCAGAGAGUCUGCUGCUGUUAACCGUUUCUACUUCUGACUGAAGUGUCUUUCUGUUUCUGGUACGCUCUAUUGUGUGUACUUAUCCACGCACUGCACUGCUGUGGUAUUUUUAACUGAUGUCAAGGCCAUAACUUUCUGUUGUUUGUAUAAUUAACCAAUCACAUGCUUGGUCAUGAAUAUAAGCUGAGGCUUUGGACAGAUUUAUCCUGUUGCUGUCAGCUGUUGUGACUAUAUGCCAUUACAGCUAGUACAGAUAUAACCCUUGAAUGACAGAAAGCUUUCUAAAUUCUGUAUAUAACUACAUCAAGAUGCUAUAGCUUCGUUAUAUAGCUAUGGAAGCUCAUGCAUUCACUAUACAAAGAGAAUUCAGCCUCCUUUUUUCUGCAUCUGCUUUAAAUCGUGAUUCUUUUUGAAGUAGUUCACCCGCAGGACUCCAGGAGUGUCUCAAGGUUCGUCUUUUGUUUGCAGUGGUCUGCACGGCUGAUGUGCUUCUUUGCCAGAGGAGCUCUAAGUUCAUUGUUGUCUCUUUGAAGUUGGGUGAUGAUAUCAGUGUGGAUUUCCAUCUGGUGCAAACAUCUUGGAUUAGAGGCUCAAGCUGUUAUCCAGUCUCUGCUUUGACUUCUGCUACUUCUGCAUCUCAAUGCUCUGUAACUUCGGAGAUAUUCUGGGUGAAUCCCACAGCAUUUUCUCUCCUCAGGACUUCAUGUUUUUGUUGAUCAUUCGAGUCCUGUAAGCAUUAAACUCUUGUUGUACACAUUAGACAUGAUUGAUCACAUCAUAGCCAGCCAGAGUUCGCAUGACUCAAGUCUUGCACAAUGUCAGCUGGUCUGCAGAAAGCUGAGGUAGUCUGUGACGCAAUCAAACUUUCUCUUUAUUUAUUACGAAUUAAUUCCUCCAUGGCAGAGUCCCUCAAACGCACUUUCAAUAAAAACUGACAUUUAUCACCCUCAAGAAGGUGAUUCUACCCAAAAAUCAAAGCAAAAUUUCAGACAAAAGCCCCAGUCAAAUAAUCACAAACAUAUUGCAGAGUCCUCAGCUCCACGGUGUCCUCAUGAAGUUAUUUUAUUUGUUCAAAUCAAAGUCUGAUGUUGGGCAGUAAUUCAGACUAAUGCUUUUAGACGACAGCUCAUUAAUUCCCAUUGUGUUUCUCAUCCAGCUGUUGUGUUGGAGCCUCAGGGAUACACAGACAUGUAAUAGACCCUCGAAUAGAUGAAUGUAUAACAGAAACUCCCAUCUGAUAUCACGGAUUGUUAAUGGCCCAUAUGGAGCCAUUAUUUAUUGCUAAUUUCACAGAGGGGGGGAACCAUGGCUCUACAUUAUCCAUCAGAAAGCCUUUCAGAUGGAUUUCAUUGUCGUGAAAUUACACAUUUACUCAGAAAACAACAUCCCCACUCAGCUCAGCUCGACUGUUAGUUCGCAGCAAGUGUCACUUAAGUGCACACUUGUGGAGCUGAACAGCCUCAGCUUUUGCCACAUUAUGACUCCCACUGUCAACUCACUGGACUAGGACUAUGUGCUGAAAGCCUCACUGCAGCCACAUUUACAUCAUGUUAUGACUCCAACAGCACUUCCCCAUCUGUUGAGGAUAUAUCUACUGGGGACAGGCGAGGGUUGUUUUCCUCUAGAGCCAGUGGAGAUGGCAUGUGGGUAUGUUGUUGUUGUUGUUGUUCUGCUUUCUGUCUAAAGUUCCCUCAUGGUGGAUGUGUUUCGCAGCUCUCUCUUCUCCCUGGGCCUUUUGCCGUUCGCACAGCCAGCUGUGGCUGCACAGCAUCUGCCCGGGCAUAGAGACGGUUACUAAGAGGGAGGGACUUUUUUAAGAUGCAGAUGUCUGUGUGUAAAUAAAAGGAGGAACGCCUGUUUUCAUUUCUCGCUAUUACGGUGUGAUUAAUGCUGAGUGUUCUCCCAUGAAGCCAAAGUGGAGGAACGUCAUUUAAUUUCCCAAAAGGAAAAUGAUGAGUAAAAUCGGUCUAGUUUUGGCAAAGUGUGGAAAAUAGGGAGAUUGCAACACAUUGAUAUUAGUUUUCCCUUUUUUUCAAUAAAAAAAUCUCAAAACAAAACACAAAGCAGAAUUUAGUAACGGAGUUUAUGUGUCAGUGAUUUGAUGAAUGCAAAUCCUAGUAUUUGGACUUUAUAUAUUUCAUCCCCUUGUGUAGAUGUGAUCCAUUUCUUUUUCUGUGGUGACUGUGGGUCAGCCUUUGUGUUCAUUCAGAGAGUCGUUUUGUCAUCUCCAAGUCAGAGUAUGAAGCACAGAAAUAGAACCAAUUGAGAGGUGUCUGUCUUCUUAGUUAAGUUGUGAGUACAUAAAAUUUUAAUCAAUCAAUGAUUUUUUUUAAUCAAUUUUAAUCAUAAAACACUGAGAUGAUUGAAUGCAUAUCAAGUUACUUUACGUAGGAGUAUUGAUUUGUGUGCACGUAUAAUGUGCAAUUAUGUGGACUUUAAAAAUGUUUUUUAGAGUUUUCAUUUGUUUACAUGUGGGUUGUUUAUUGUUUUUGUUGUUUAUUCAUUCCUGAUAUACAUCGUAUUGUAUCAUAUUGUUUUAUAUCCUAUCAUCGUAGUAUCAUAUAAUCGUAUUGUAUCCUAUCAUAUCGUAUACUAUUAUUGUAUUGUAUCGUAUCGUAUUAUCGUAUUAUAUCAUAUCUUAUCGUAUCGUAUUAUAUCAUAUCCAAUCGAAUCGUAUUAUUGUAUUGUAUCGUAUCAUAUCAUAUCAUAUCUUAUCAUAUUAUCGUAUUAUAUCAUAUAUCGUAUCGUGUCGUAUUAUAUUGUAUCAUAUCAUAUCAUAUCGUAUCGUAAUGUUUUAUCGUAUUGUAUCAUAUCAUAUUGUAUCGUAUUGUAUCGUAUCAUAUCAUAUCCUAUCGUAUUGUAUCAAAUCGUAUCAUAUUGUAUCAUAUCAUAUCGUAUCCUUGUGUAUCAUACUGUUUUAUAUCAUAUCCUAUCAUAGUGUACCGUUUCAUGUCUGUCCUGCUCCAUCCUAUCAGACUGUUGUGUAUAAUAUCAUAGAAAAGAAAGAAAUCCAGUGAAGUGUUUUGUUUGUUUGAAGGAAAGUGAUACAGAUUGAAAAAUGACUCAAAAUUCCUAAAUAUUUAUACUAAAAAACUGUUGUUGAGGAUCAUGAUAUGAAGAUUAUAUAAGAAAGCCUAAACCUGCGUAUCACAGCCCUCGACCCACAGUCAGGCAUAUAAAUAUAGAUAAAGUACGGUGAGUGAGUCAUUACCCGAGAAAUCAACCAUGUCAAGGAGAUGAAGAACUUCCACGUCAAUAAAUGGAUCCUGACUCACCCUGAAGGGGAACAUGUAAAUCACUGCCAGACCUGAUUGAGGAUUUUUUCCCCGUAACUGCCAAAGUCUGUUGACAUUUUGUUUCGACCCGUGUUGAGACAAGUCCAGAGCCCAAAUAAUGUUUUUUUUAGAUGUUUACUUCACGUCUGUCUUCUGCUAUUUAGUUGAUUUUAUUGUCCCCGAGCUGUUUGUCCUUCAACCUCUCGUGCUUUUCUGAGCUGUUUUGAGCUGCAUUGUUUAUUUCAUCUUCAAAAUUCUGCCACAGCGGAGCAGCGGUUCAUACUUCUCCCUUGCAUCAUAGGUGUAUGCUGCGGGUGCUGGAUUCCUUUGGGACUGAGCCAGAGUUCAACCAUGCCCACUAUGCCCAGUCUAAGGGUCACAAGACGCCGUGGGGGAAGUGGAACCUCAACCCACAGCAGUUCAACACCAUGUUCCGUAAGUCGGCAUGAAACACAACACUGAAAAGCCUCUUUUUGGAAGUGAAAACAUCAACAAAAGUACUCAUAAAUUGAUUGUUACAGAUCCAAAAAAAAAAACAGUUUCCACUCUUGAAACCAAACUGUGAUGGUUGAUUUGUCCUCUUGUGUCAACACUAACAAUGACAGAGGAUCCUUCAUCAGUCACGAACCCCAACUCUGUUGUACUGGACCGCAGAGAUUAAAACUAGCCCUCUUCCUCACAUGACACACAGAUUUCUUCACCACAGAGAGUCCCUCAGUCUGUUGUGUAAGUAAGACAAGUUGCCAAGCACGACUGCUUGCAGUUAAAGACAGUUUUAUUUUGCAAUCACCGCACCAUAGUUAGUUUCCUGUCCUCGCUGUGCUACUUAGAUUUCUCCUUUGACUGAGAUAUUUGAGUUGGAAAACAGACAUUAAAGACACUUUGAAAAUCCAGCACUUUGCUGCACUAAUGGAAUAUCAUCAAGCAGAUUAAAGGGAGGGAAGGUCAGACUCUCAGCUCUCCAUUUUACUGUGAUUAUGAAUGUAGGACGUAGGGGGUUUAUUGCUCUCUGUGUGUGCAUCACUCCCACUGUGAGAUCACUCUGUAACUGGAGUCAACCGCAUUUGCCAGGGUGGAUGAGUGGAGGUGGUUCAGCGGAAGGCAGAGAGGGGAGCCAGCCACCCUGGGGUAUUGACCUUUUCCCCGCGGCUAAGAGAAAGUGAAAUGUUACCCCCGCAGUCCCCGUUUGUGAGGUGAGGCCUGGAGUUAUCCAGAAUACCACCGCACCUGAAUGGGCCCUUUGUCUGCUGAUAGGGUAUGUCUUUCUCAUAGCACACAGGGGGCUUUACACAAAAUCCAGUUAAGAGUCGCCAGGUUAGAUGAUAUCGCUGGUGAAACAAGUGCACAGCGGUCCGGACGAGUGUUACAACUGUAGAAUGGCAACACUUCCAGGCGUGGGGGAUUAGGAAACAGUUUUUUUCUCCUCCCUACAACACUGUACCCUCUGGCUGUAGAACAGUGGGCAUAUCAUGCCAAGCGUUUUCUCAGAGUGGUCAAUAACAGCAUGGUCCAGACCUGAAGAUAAAACAAGUUAUGACUCGGAGCGAAAAUCGAUUGAUUAGAUUCAAAGACCAUAGGCAAGUUUUUACCCUCUCGAACCUCAUAUUUGGAUUCUCAUGUCAUUAAUCUGUAUGACAUCUCACCUAUUUAAAGUUGCGGCAACAUGGGAGAAUCAGGUGCUAGUAGGUAAUUUAUCCUCCAUUUGGAUUGGCCCAUUUGUUACUAUUAGCCGGUUCUCCAUAAAUCAUUGGUCGAGGGAAUUGGGAGCAUGUGGCCUCUAGCCAAUAAGACAAGACAAGGCCAAAUUGACCUCAUUAAUCUAUUUCAGACUCGGGAUAGAAGAGAGUGUGUUUUCUGGUGUACUAUAUGUGUUUCAAUGAGCUGCCAGUGUUAUUCAAGUUGGCUCUGCUUCCUGGUACAAGUCAUUUAUAAUCAGGAGAGCCAUAUACUUGGAAAUAAAAUUGAAUUAACCUUUUCUGGAGGUUGGAGUGUCAUGUAAGGGUUCACGUCCCGUCAAGUUUGAUUUAUUCACUCUGUGCUUCAUAACAUAAAAACAAGUUUGCAACAAAACGACCGUUCAGUAAACCUGAAUGUAAGUACAGAGAAAAAAGCGGUUGAAACGCUUCAGGCAGCAUCUAUGUGAUUUAUUGAACACAGAAGCAUAUAUGUAUGGACUCAGAUCUAUACAUAUCCACUGGGGCGAGCUCAACAGUCGGGGUCCACAGGUACUUAUACAACACGGCGACACGUGGGAACAGCCUGACAGAUCGAAUGUUCACUCCUCCCUCUUUUUCCCGCUCUUAAAAAUAACUUGAAAGCCCAACAGAUAGGAUCUCAAAUAUGCUUAUGUGUAAAGUUUGAGCUGUUUAUUUUCACUCUGCGGCCCAUUUAGAUCAUUAGAAGAAACCCAAAGUCUUUGAUGUUGAAAUUUCAAAGGCAACAUUAGUGCUGAUGAAGCAGCUCUGCAAAUUUUUUUUUUUUUUUGCAUUUAACAGACAUUAUUUUUCUAUAAUAUAAGUCUGUAUUCCAACUGCACGUAUCUGUGGUCCUCAGUCUGAAACUGGAUCACCGUCUUGUAUAGCGCUGAUAUAGUUAAGCAUGCCUCUCCUACAUACUCCUUGAGAGAGCCCUGUGGAAUACCCCGGUGGAGUGUUUACCACUCAGCUCAACAGUUUGAACCGAUAUGGACUCCAAACACUCAACCAAACAGCUGCCUCUGCUGCAUCGCCGCGAUCCCCGGCUGUUUGUUAGCUAAUAGCAAUGAAGCCGCAGGAAGGUGAGCGGCUCUUUGAGUGGCAUCUCUAGUGGGAGAGGAGGCAUCUGUUGCCAAACGCAUCUAGAGGACUGAGCUCUAAUUAACAGGCUGUCCUGUUUACACGGUGAGUUUGGUUCAUAAACGCUCAUCUCUGCCUCUUCGCCAUCAGAAGACCAUCUCUGCGUAAGGAACUAGUGGUGGGAGAAAAGAUUGAAACUGCGUUGUAUCGUAAUGUUUUGUCUGGUGAUAUUGUCUCAUUCACCAAGUAUUGAUUUUUCAAAUUAACUACGAAUAUCAAGUCAAAUUUAUGAUAAUAGAAAAAUAAAAUCAAUUGGGAAGGACAUUAGGGAUGCAAGUAGGGCACAAAUAACAUGGACAUGACAUAUGAGGUUUGCAAGAAGCGCUACAUGAAAAUAAAAUACUGUUGAAAAAAAUGUAAAAAUCACGAUUUAUGGUGUCGCAAUACUCACCGUAUUGCAGAAUGUUUAAAAUCACGAUAAUAUCAAAUCGUGGCCGAAGUAUCGUGAUAAUAUCAUAUCGCCGGGCCACUAGUGAUUCCCACCCUAUAAGUAACCAACACAUCCUUCCCAUACAGUAGCAAAAAACAGAUUGUAUUAUAACCACCACCCUCUCUUAUGUCUUCUCAAUAGCAGUACACAACCUUUAAAGGGGCAUUUCAGAGACUUAUUUUUAAACUUUCAAGAAGUCCAAGUAGAUUAUCUAUCAUCAGUUCAAUUGUGUUAUUUUAGUUGCGUCAAUAGAAGGUUCAGAUGCCAAACUGUUAAAUCCACAUACACAGUUUAUACCAUGAGCUCUGGUUGGAAAUAAAGGUUUUGUGCCUAAACCAAAGAUUACAGAUCCUCAUUAAAGACAUUAUGAAAAUGUUUACAAGGCUCGUUAAGCACUAGCCUGAGAAUGGUACACUCUUCGUGCGGUGUUAAACCUCUUGGGCGCCCCUUCUAAUGCCUGGUUUAGCAAGGUAGUCAGGCUGUGUUUUAGGCUUUUUUAUUCAGUCCGUACAAAACAGUUUUACCAGCCAGCUUUAGAGAAACACUGCAGGUAAUUUGGGAACAGUUGUUGCAUUCAGCUCCUGCCCACUCUCAAGCCCCCACUGAUCCUCAAAACAACUACUCCCACAUCCCUCUGCUCCAACACGAUGGAUGAAAGUGUACUUGGUGCAGAUGCAGGGUUUGCAUACAGAAGAUGAGAUGUUGGACUAAAUCUGUAAAGCAGAGGCUUGUGAUCAUGUUCAGAGAAGCUUUCUGUAUCCAAAUAGAUUAACAAUCAAUCAGUCUUAAUUUAUGUAGAGCCAAUUCAUAAGUGUUAUCCCAAGAAAACACUGGUCGAGACCAAGCUCUACCCAUUGCCAUAUCCUUUAUCAGGCAGAAACCUUGAGCAGGACCAGACACAUGUUAGACAGUCAUCUGCUGAGACUGCAUUGGGUUUAGAGAGAGGAUGCAGAAAAAGAGAAAGAUGGACAGAGCGGAGAAAAGAAGACAGGUCCACAUCAGCGAAACAAUCCAGAGGAACCUAAAGCAUGAUGGAGCUCCUGGAAAGAACUGUGUAUUCGUGACUCUAAUUAGACAUUAUUGGCUUUUUUAUUACUUAGAUAAUAUAUAAAUUAUUUCAAGAUGUGAAGUGAUUAAACAUUGACAUCAUCACAUGAUAGUCAUUACCUUUGUGUGAAUAUAUCAGCUGUGUUUGUGAAACGUUUAUCAUGUAAUUAGACUUUGCAGAUCCUCCUUUCUUUUAUUUGCCCUUUCAUUAAAACCCUCGACAUCCUCCAUCAUAUCCUAUAAUUAUAAGAGUUUGUUCAUAAAAGAGAUGUUUGCAGUGGUUGAACCUGACUUGCUUACAGGUCGCCUAGAUCCUGAAUCUGUGGCUGUUGGCUGUAGCGUUGUUUUUUUUUGUUUGUCUGUUAGCAACUUUACGGAGAAAGUAACAGUCGGAUUGACCUGAAACACCAGAGGUGCAUCUCAGCCCCAGGAGGAUCCCAUUAAAUUUUGGUGGUGAUCCGGACAAAAUUCUGGAUACUGUGAUCCAGAACACACAAAAAUAAGGGUGUUGUUGGAAUUUUCAAUGCUGAAAGAUAACCAAUAGGCGGCACGGUGGUGUAGAUAGGCGGUACAGUGGUGUAGUGGUUAGCACUGUCACCUCACAACCAGAAGGUCCUGGGUUAGAAUGCUAGUCAGGGUAUUUCUUGUUUAAGCGGGGGCAUGAGGUGCUUGGCGGAGGUCUGCUUUUCUAGUUUUAUUUACUGUACUGUACUGAACUGAACUGAACUCAGUCGCCCUCUGACAGGGCUGACCUUAAUUUGCCUGAGGCUGCAGAGGCCUCCCUGGGGUGCUUAAACUAACCAUAACUGUACCACAAUACACCUCCCUCGCAGCUUGUUUCAUUCCCUACAGAGGAGAUCAGGUCUACGCUCGAACAGCUCUUUUUCUCCCCGUAUUUUAAACGGCAUUAGUAAGCAUAUUAAAUCGGCUGAAUAAUUCCUGUCUGCACUCCAACUCUUGUCUUCGCAUUUUUUUUUACAAGGCAGAUGGUAGAGGAGUAAAGUGCUGCCAACUUCAGCUCCACACAUGACCUGUUCAUCACUGGUUCCCAUAGUGACUAGUCAUCACCAGGCAAUAAGGAACAGAGCGAACAAAGAGCCAGAUUGCUUGUGGAGACGUGUUGUGUUCAAAUUGUGAUUUGAACAAAAUACCGAGGUUGAACGUGUGAAUUGGUUGUCUGCUGUCAUUUGUGGACACUUUUACUCACAUUAAGAGGAGAAAAAUGUCCAAAAAUGAGGUUACUUUUCCAAACUCUAAAGCAGAGUUCUGUUUUUUUCUCUCUCUUUUCCUUUGUGUCGCUGAAACCUGUUUGCACUGCAUUUAAUUGUACGAAAGUAGAAAGCAAUUUUGAUUUUGUUUUUAUUCAUGUUUAAUGUUUUUGUUGUUAUUUUGCUACAGCUCACACCCCAGACAACAGUUUCCUCGGCUUCGUUGUGGAGCAGCAUCUCAACGCCAGCGAUAUCAAGCACAUCGAUGACAUCAAGAGACAGAACCAGUCACUCGUCUACGGGAAGGUCGACAACUUCUGGAAGGUACCAAAUCAUACCCAGCUACCCACUAUAGAAUUUUUUCGCCCUGAAUUGUUGUAUUUCAUUGAUGCAUAAUGCAAACCCAUCCAGGCACAAACAUAUAACCACAGACUCAAGAGAUAUUGAAGACAAAGAGAAUAGUAAGAACACCACCACGCCAAGGAUAACCCAUUUUCAGUCCUCGGAGAGCUCAGAGAAAACUUUCACACAAACUUAAUAACCGUCUGGUUCAGGAUCCAAUUCAGCUCAGCGCCCUCUCCGUGGAAUUUUUUAAUAUAUUCAAAUACAUGCUCACACUGCAGCACACAGACAGACCAAAGGAUUACAGUAUCCCAGACACACACACAAAAAAAAAAUCGACUUAGAGUUGGGGGAGAUUUACACAUUGUUCAGCAUGCCGUGGAUGGUUGGAUUAGUCCCUAGGACUUGAUGAGCUUUUCAGCAGACUGGGUCGCUCACAUUUGGCUAUCUUGGCUAUCAAGUCUCUGAUAGCUGGGGUUUAGCUCCCUUCGAGGGCAAAGGUUAGGUGUGAUUAACUAAGAAUGAUUGUCCUUUUAGACGCAUAAAGAGUUAAAAAACUGCGCUCGUGCUCUGAGCUAUCCACUGGGUUGUUCUGUUGAAGCAGAUGGGAGUGAAGUGUCUGAAUCAAGGAUACUUGAACAUCAUGUUUCAAGAGUCGGAUGAGUAUCCGCACAGGUAACCAAUUCAGCCUGUCUAUUCUAAACCAGCUACACAAAAACCUGCUCAACAUGUCGAACACUGACACUAAAUUCUAAGCCAGAACAAUGACUGCACUGGGCUGUUUUUCCUCGUUUGUUUCAACUCCAGGAUGAUUUAAUUUUGCGCGACGAUUCGAUCCAGAGCCACCUCUGAAGUUUUGGGUUCAGUUUAAAAUUUCCGAGGCCGUAUAUUCUGAGUGUUUUUUAAUCCAGAGGUAGCUGCUGUGGUUUGUGGUUUCUCGCACUGAGUCAGAACCAUUCAGUCGAGCUAUAAAAGGGCAGCCCAUCAGCUCACAGCAAGGGGCAUUAGCUACUAAUCAGACUCCCAAGCGUGUUCAUUACCUCCUGCUUUUAAUUAAAGGGCCAUUUUGGAGCCGACUGAUAACGAGCUGGCGGGCCUUACUCCAUUUCCCUCCCUCUUCUGUUUAAAUCACGCUGUCCUCUGAUCUCCUUUUGUUCACUCCAGAGGUUUUAUUCCAGAGUUUUUAUUGACUAUUUAGAAUAAAAUAGCAGAAGUCAUCGUUUUCACAAAGAAAGCUCAAAUUCCCGGUAUGAGAGUUAAGGAAAAUCUUACAAACAAACAUAGAUGUGCGUUCAAUUCCUCUGUCAUUUAGCAGCUGAUAUAAAAAUCUGUCUGCUAAGAUUACUUUGCGAAAUCCAGGGCUUUCCUGCCAACCAAAUCUUCAUUUUAAACCCUUGGACUGUCUUCUUUGUUUAUCCAGGGAUAAACAAAAGAUUUGUGUUUUAAUGUAACCUCAGGCUUACGUCCCAGUACUGCCCUCUGGCUUCAAAAAGCGCUGAGACAUCCUGAUGAUAACACGCCUGGUUUCAUAUGAAGGCACUCCUAUAAUAGUCUUAACCCAAGUCCUGAAAACGGAACAUUCGCAGACAAAACCAGGACCUGUAACAGCCUCGGCGAAGUGUCCUCUAGCGGAGUGAAGUCUCCUUCCUGGGGAUUAAUUUGCCGGGGUUAAUGUGGGUUAGGUAAGUAAUAGUCUUCACGUAAAAUACGGCCUAUUCAAAAGCUCCCCUCUCAGCCUGAUCAGUAUGCAAAGGUGGUCCAGUCAUACUCAUCCCACAGGUGUACCGACCGAGCGCCGCAGUGUGAAGCAGACUGAGUAAUCGCCCAGACACACUAUUUCUCAGUUUUUGGAGACGCUUCUUUUGCACUACAAAAAAAAGUCAUGAUUUUCUCAGACUUGACUGGAUGCUUUCAGUGUUUUCUUUAUUUGUUAUCCUUGGAAUAAAAAUCUAAUCUAAUUACAAAUAAACAUGUUGAGCAACCGUGAUUUAAAAGCUACGACACAGCGAGGACAAACACGACAGGAUUUUCCCCUGCUCGGAUUUGCCUGACACUUUAUUUCGAUAUUACUGAGAUAAGCAUCGGCCUCUAUCCUGAAGAAUGAAAAUGUGAUAAGGUCAGUCUGGCUCCACUGUCACUUUUUCAGCUGACUGUGAGCAGAAACGCUGCAGAAAGGACUGAGUUGGAGCUAUACUCAACUCCGGAUGAAUCCCCUUGACUUUACUCUGCAAACUAAAGCCUGAUACUUGGCUCUCUUCUUGUGAAGCUGCAUUAUUUAUUUAUUCAUCGAUGAGCUGUUGCUCGAGCUGUACAUUCACGGGUUUCUGUGUACGCUUAUGCCGCAACUUUUCUGUCUGACUCCCCUAAUGAGGUUGCAGCACUCAAAAAAAAAAACAAGACGACUGGUGAAAGAAUGAAACUCUGUGAAUCACUCUAUGUCAGAAGAUCUAUAUUUAUAAUAUUUGUAAGCAGACGAGGUUUGAAUCGAGACCCGGAUCCUUUUAUUUCUUCAUUUUUUAAAGGUGUGAUUACGCUAAGAUCAUUUCUCCUCAAUCAGUGUGUUAGGAAAUUUAAUCAUCUCUCAUUUGGCUGAGAAGAUCCUGCGAAUACAGAGCCAGGAUCACAAGACAUAGUUUCUUUUAACACAUCGUUGACGGGAAGGUCUGAAGUAAAAUUGCCAGACCAUCUCUGAGGGAAUUGUUUCCAUAGCAACCCAGUUAAAGGGAGGCAGAGCAAGGGAACUGAGAGUGACUUGCUGUCUUUUCUGUCUCUUUCUAUGCGUACGCACACUGUUCGAAACAGCUGUUGUGUCACUUUUCAUUGUCUGUAUUUCAAGGGUGAGAUAUUUUGGAAAUACUGCAUCUUUGUUGCUGUGGUGAAGAUAGAACAGAAGCUAAAACCCGCUGGUCAGAGUUCAGCGUCUUUCAGCACGUACGAGGGCUUUUGGUGAUAAAGAUAGGAACAUGUAGAAAGGUCAGACUGGAUAGGACGUACGGCGAGGGGGGAAGCAGCGGGCUUUGGCAGCAGAUCAAAAGGCACAGAGAAGAAAGGGAAAUCAUGCUAAGCUGAUAGACACACAUAAGCACACACACACACACACACACACACACUCGUACAUUUCUGGCAUAUGCAAAUCAGAGAGGGCAGCCAUCUCACACUCUAACCCUGGCAGGCCUCCUAAACAGAGAACAGUGUGUCUCAUCGCUCUUUAAUGAUGGAUAACCCGGUUGAGUUGAACAUUAAACCUUCCCGGGGUUUUAAAUAUGCCUGACUGAGCUGAUGAAGCAACCGCUUUGGCCAUUAAACUGACCUGAGUGCUGGUGGAGGAACUCAAAUGUGGAAAAGAGGUGCAGUGAAGAGGGAAAUGUUAUCAGAUGAAUUUCUACAGGCAUGAUCGCUCCGAUUGAUUCAAGUCUUACGAACACUUCAGAUAAACACUCAGUGAUAUUUUAACAUCAGGAGGACUUUUAAGCAGGAUGAGGUUGUGAUUGAAAUCUUGACAUUAGCUGUUGAUGAAGCCGGGGAAACUCCCAUCUUUUUCUAGAGGUGAAGGAUUAGCCCAAUUUAUGAGCAGACAAAGAUAAUAAUCAUGUGUUGUUUGAUAGAUUUGACUAGAUAAACACAGAUGAUGGCUACAGGAAAAUGUGUGGGAGCUUGCGUGGGGAGAGUGGAUGCAAAAUAGUGUAAGGGAUGAACAACAGAGUGAACUUUAGCUCCUGUGAAAUUGUAAGAUGAGGAAUCAAGUUUCAGUUGCAGGGUGAGAUUCGAGAGCAUGUAUUUGUAGUUUGUUUUAUUAAUCCAGAGGUAGUUAAAUACUGAUCCCAUACCAAUUGCAUCUUCUUUCAUGGAAAUGGUAGCAUUGUAGCAUUACAGGUGUUCUCAGCGUGACAGUAACUCCCCUCAGAUAGAGGCAGAAUUCAGUGUUUACUCCCACACAUGUCCUCAGCCGGUCACACUGGGAUGACUCCACGCGUAAACACACCAGAGGCUCGGUUAUCGGCCGUCAGACAGCACCUUGCUCUCUCUCUCUCUCUCGGUAAGAAACUCUAAAAAGGUAACACGCUGUAAUGUGUAAUGGGGCGUGGCGCAGAAGUAAAUAACAGCUCAUAACACACUCGAGCUGCACUCCGAGCACUUCUGGAUACAGUUUACUGCCCAUGUUCCCACGGGGAUCCCUCAAGGAUCCAUCAGAGUGUUACUCAAGUGUCGAGUGGGUUUUUUAUACGGCUCAUUCUUCAGCCUCAAAUCCUCUCAAAGUUAGGUUGUAGUGUUCAAUCCUGAUUCAGACUUCCUCCCAGUUAAAGCGUCGUCGUUUUAAAGGUUUCCAUUCAGACAGAGGUCAAUAUGUCGGCGAUUGAGUCGGACUAAUUGCUCGAGCGCCCUUUUGCGAAUGACCACAUUAAAAAUGCGAUAUCGUCUCCCGACUCAACAUUAUGACAUCAGCGCAGAGAUAGGCGAAGAUAAUGAGCUCUGUGUGUAAGUGUGUGUGCGCGGGAUUCGACUCCUUCCUUUCCUCUGAAGAACAGGCGAAAGUGAAUUUUUCCGCCCUGACUGACAAGCUUCCAGAUCCGAGGCCUCGGAGACCGGCAGCUGGAAAUGAUUUCAGAUGGGGAGAUGAUCACAGGUGCGUUUGAUGUUUAAUGCGGAAGACAGUUUGACGCUUGAGUAAGCCGAAACCGAGCGCACCUGUCUGAAUCCUGAUGAGGCGAACGCUCUCCCCUCUCCUUGACGCUACUGCGGCAGUCUGGGAAACUAUGGCACAUGUUCAGAGGAGCCUUUUCUUUUUUUCAUUCAAGACACAGAAGAGACAAAAAUACAUCUGAAGAAUCAAAAAGAGUGUUGUAGCUCAUCAAAGACGGAUAAUUUAUGACAGAGCCUAAUGAAUAUACACCGGGAAUCAUCUCAGGUGUGAAGGAAGUUUAUUGUUCUGGUUGAAAUGCGCCGCUGAGUAAGAUUAAUACACUCGUGCUUUUGUUUUUUCGACACGAUUACCUGUCAGGAUGAAGUGCUGAGACAUCAGAAGCAGCUUCCAGCCCUGCAGCAGGAUAAAGAGUGUAAUGAUAAAAGCAGAAAACAGGGCUUUACGCUCAUACGAAGUUUGUCGCUCCGCCGUCAAACCGCAAAUCAGACGGCUCGUACUCCAAUUAUUUAUUUCUGUAAAUCAAAGCGAGGACGCCGUGUUCUCCGGGAAAAUCAAUAUAAGAAGAAAGGACACAGAGAGACAUCGACAAUAUUGAAUUUUCCACUACACCUUUUAUUCUCUGGUGGAGAAAAAGUGCUAAAAUCAUCCUUUCACGGGCAAGAUAAUUGGUUUUAGAUUGCUUCGGGCGUCUUGGUAGUGUUGGUUGCAUCAUGGUGAUGAGAUGAUAACAGGUUGGGCUCUGUCUUUGUUGGAGAAAUGAAACGAUAAAUUAAGGGGAACAAAAAAGGGGCGGCGCAGACGUAUCCCUGUCAAUAGCAUCAUUAGCAAGCUAGCUGUGCAUCCAGUCUCACUGAGUCUCGGCGGUUGCGUCUCGAACGGUAAGCUUUCCUCCCUGGACGCUCAUCCCUCAACUCUCCCCUCCACUGACAGAAAGCAGCCGCCUCCUCUCCUGUUUCCUCUCCGAGCCAGGCUUUACAAAUUCCCUCUGAUUUACAAGGUCAUAAAACUCGCCUCCUCCUCCUCCUUCUUCCCCCCUGCUUCAAUCAGCCUCUCCAGCUAAAGCAGUUAUUUUAUAACUCCCUAAGCACAUGCUCCUGUACAAGGCUGCUGCAAUUGAUCGGCUUCCUGGUUUCAGAUUGCAAAUUGCAAGUGCAGGGAGAAGUUCACACCCACAUACAGAUGAGUACACAGAUCCCACCAGUCUGUGUGUCCCUCGCAGGCAUGACAGGGGAGAAAACUCUCCACCCAUGACAUCAUCAGUCUGUCUCCGAGCUUGUUACCCACUCAGAUUCAAGUAUCAAGUGGAACGACAAAUGGCCCCUUGCAGAUGUGUUUUCCCAACAUGUUCCUUAUCUUCGCCGGGGAAUCUCUCCAACUUCUUUUCAUGGCCCCUCGCAUCGUGUCUGUUUUUUUUUUCUUUGUGCGGGAGAGAAGUCAGCCACGCUUGGCAGAGCAUCUUGCGCUUGAUGUCUCCUGACCGUAAAGCUUUGUGUGGCGCUUGCCUGGAAGGGUCGUUGUAAUCUACGUUCUUCAGCUGCACAUAAACACGCUCACACAGCUGCAGGAUAAAACCAUACCUUACACAUCCUGCUUUCUUAAGAGACUCAGCGAUGUCUCCUUUCUCUCUUCCUCUUGCACAUGCACGCACAACUGACAUGCAAUGUAUACAACUUCCUGUGUGUGUGUUUCUGCAUCUUCAGGUACCCCCACCUUUAAAUCCCUUCAUACGUACCUAUAAUGAAUCCCAGCUCUCCUCAGUGACAAGAUUACAGGAUAGAGAUUUCACCCUCUAAUUAGGACUUCAUCUGUCUCUUCCUCACACACCCACAGACACACAAACACAGCGGGCAGCUUUAGUUACAGCAGGCUGGCUGGAGGCAUCAGAUAGCCUGGCCUCCGGGGACUCUUGACGAGCGGCUACCUGAAACUUAAACCCAGUAAGGAAGCUCUGAGACACACACGCUUAUCCACAUUAAUCCCAUGUACACACACACACACACACACACAUUCAAAGGGAGGGCAGCAACAUGUCCUAGAGGCAGAGGCGGUUCAAUGCCAGUCUUGUUUGCAAGAGUGUAGCGUAAAUUGGAAACGGGUAGCCUUAACAAUAAUGAGUUGUUCUCGCCUCAUGAGUGCUGAAACUAUUGGUAAUCGAUAAUAUUUGAGUGUGUAUCAGCGUGUGUAAACACAGCGGUGAACGCACCUUUGAGGCAUCCUGUCAUUAAGGAGAAAACGGUCAGCUUUUCGUCUAGACUGCCGCUCCGAAGAGCUCAGCUUUAACAGCUUUUUGACCGUAUUCUGAACCGCUUCUGUUUGGCUUUUAAUAGAAAAGUAAGUUUCAGGAGGAGAUCUAAGGUGUGCAGAUUUGACCGGGCCAUGCAGCCGAUGUGUCCUGGUUUUUGGAAAUCAAAGACCUCCGUUCAAACCAAUUCACAUGACUUUUUUAUUAGAUUUGCCUUUGGGGAUGAUGAAUAAAAUUAUUCUUAAUCUUAUUUUGAAAAGAGACACGUCCAAAAAACUUGGCAUGGCACAGUCUAAGAAAAUAAUGACCUUAGGGGACUUAAAAUUGACGUUUUUCCACCCCUUAACCACAGCUAACCCUUAUUCUUCUUUUUUUUUUAUCAUAUCUUUAAUUUUUUCUGCUCCAGUACGUAGUGAGCUUAAACUGAACUCACAGUCCUGCAUGAGAAGAGAGCAGCGGCCAAGUGCAAUCACUGCAGUAAACUUAGGGGACGUUAACUCUGCCCUUGAAGAUAAAAACACACUUGAAGGCUGAGAAAAAAAGGGUGUGAAAAUCUUCCUUUACUGGGUGCUGCAUAUAAAUGUAAUCCAAGGGUCUUCUCCAAGGUUGGCAUAAUAAAAACAGAUUUAUUACAGCUGUAAUACUGGAAUUAAAAAGAGAGUAAACAUUAUUUUGGAUGCCUACUUUAAAGAAUCUGAACUCUUGGAGUCAAUUUUGCGUCGUUUGCAUGGACGGAUAUCGUAUUCUUGAAAUGUUAUAGGAAAAACACCAAAAGAACUACAUCUCCCAUGAUGCACCAAACUCCUGUAAUACCAUGAGAAGGCCCUUUCAGGUGAUGCAGAAAUAUGAAGAGUCAUUCCUCAAACCGGUUUCAAGAAACAAAGAAAACUUUCCGCUCUUCCAGAAAAUAUGAAAGCCCUGAUUGUCGUGAAUUAUCUUGAAAAUAUCUGAGGUUCUCGUGUGAAAGGAGCCGCUGACGUCAUUUUGGUCUAAAGGAAGCAGGCUGUACUGGCAUACUUUGAAGGCUUUAUUGUCUUUGAACAAGGACAUCAAGGAUCAGGUAGACUUCAAUAACAAUAGCAGGGUAUUGUGUGCGCUGAUACUCCUCAUACAGAGUUAUUUUUAGCCCAGCUUGCUAUUGUAGCCAGAUGGUCAGUCAGGUAGCUUGAACAAAAGUUCAGCAGGCCACAGAACAAAGUAAUGAUACUGAUCCCCUCAUAAAAAUGUAAUUCAGAGCGCUUUGUGUGGGGAUGACUUUUAGAUCGGGGAAGCUCAGUCUUAAUGCUCCAGAAACAAAACAGGACUGUGUCUGAGUUUUGCACCAGCAGGUCAUGUGUUGAACUUUCACAGACUCUUGUUCUUCUGAUCUCUCUGAAUAAAUAAUAACCUGUGAAAGUUACUGACUGCUCGUCUUUGUGUGUUCCAGGACAAAAAGAAAUACCUGGACAUCAUCCACAGCUACAUGGAGGUUCACGGGACCGUACAUGGCACCAGCACCGUGCACCUCCCGAGCUACGUCAAGAACCACGGCAUCCUGAGCGGCCGGGACCUGCAGUUCCUCCUCAGAGAAACAAAGGUGAGCCCACACAGUUAGACUUCUCAGAUACAGCAGAUUUACGCAACACGACAAAACUUCCCUUUUAUCAAAUCCUUGGUGGUUUAGUACGAGGACGCCUACUCGCAGCAGUUAUUUCAAAAUGAGCUCAAAAGUGACUGGAAAGGUCAGUCGGGCUCUUAAGCCCUGAGGGAGCCUUGAUUGGAGUGGCUUUAGUUUAUCUGAGUCGGCCCAUAGUCCGGCCGUCCACUGAAGGACUCCUCUAUUCAACGCCGUCACUUGUCUCUUCCUCUCACUCCUCAAAGCGCUCUCACUGACAAAGACAAGGACACAGUCAGGGAGACUGCAGAACAUCUGAAAUGUUUAAUGUGAGGGCGGCCGUUUGUGUGUGUUCUACUCCCUCUGCCAACACUGAUCCAUAAAGAUGUCCACAGCAAUAAAUAACAUGUUAUCAGAGCUGUCAGUAUGGAGUUUGGCUGCAUUAGUUAAAGUGGAAAGGAAAAAAGUUCCUUCUAAUAGGCAGAGAUCUUGAGCAGGACCAGAAGACUGAGACUGCAUUAAGUUUAGAGAGCAGAUAGAGGAAGAGUGUGUGUAGAUUUUAUGGACGACACACUUUCUUAUCCAUUUCGUACAUUUUCUCCCUUCUCUUUGAGGUUUCAGCAAAACUAAAUCUCAACCCUCGAAACUCUGACCCCCAAUUUCCACUGCACCCGGAACGGCCCCAAUCCGGAACAGCAGCGAUUUUCGCUGUUCACCGAUCCCUACCGGAUCCAUUUGUGAGGUGAAUUUUGUAGCGGAUUACGGACAGCGGUAAUCGCGAGAACUCGUGAGAACUCACAAGAACACACGGAAUCACAUGCAAUCGCAUGAUAACGAGUCGUCUCUUAAAAGCAGCAGAUUGUCGCUGCGUUCGAGUCACCUCAGAAGUCAGAAGUCUGAGCGGAAAAUGACGUCACACCCGAGUUACCAGUGUUUUUGUUACCAAGUUGGAAAAUAGCAAAAUCGGAGGCCUGAAACAAGAUGGCUACAUAUAGGAAAGUUAUUUUAGCGCUUGCCCUGUCUGAAUAUAAGGCAAGGGCUAAAAUAGCUUUCGUAGAUCUAGCCAUCUUGAUAUACCUGUAUACGUUAUAUAUAUAAUUAUAUUGAAAAAGAAGCCGGAUGUUGUAUUUUCUGUUUGUGCCUGACUUCCUUUCCAGCACGGACUAAUCUGUGCUGAAUUUAUGCGGCAUGCUGCGGCGUCUGGAAAAAUUGAACUCUUGCGAUCCGCUGUGGAGUCCGGCGAUCCGCAGCUGAACGGAAAGAAGCCGGUAGAAAUUGACACAUUAACUUGAAUGGUUACGACCAGCUGCGAUCAGCAAUAUGGCCUUUUUGUAGCAGUUCUGGAUGCGGUGGAAAUUGGGCUGAGGAUGUUAAACCAUCACAAAGCCAAGUCUUAAAAACCGAACAACAAUGUCAACUGAAGGUGAAACCAUCGUUAGCACUGGCAUUAAAAGACGGAUUCUGCUGUUUCCAAACGCCAUCCUUUCAGAGAGGGAAAAAAGAUGGAGGGAGCUUUGAUUUCUUUAACCUUUGAAACGUGACACUUUCCCAUCAGAGCGGGGGAGGCAGACAGAGAGGAGAGAGACAUCAGACAAGAGCUGCGACAGGGAGAGAAAGUGCAAGGGAAGCAUAGAUCAGGGUUCAGGCAGCUAUAGAAAACAGAUGGAUUGAGAUUUCAACCCCCUUUUGUUCUGCAAAGUCUCUGUGCAUCGCCGGAGCCAAGAAAAAGGCUCUGCUGGAAUAUCCAACUUUGCACUAAGAACCUAAAGCGAGUAAAGUCGAAGGCAUCUGCAGUGGAGUCCUGCACAAAGAACAAAGUGUGAAGUAUUCAGGAUUAACAAUAGAGCAGUUUCACUUCCACAUUUUAGUUCCUGUCUCGUCAGAAAAACAGAAGGUGAAGUGGGAUAAAGUCACACAUUCACUGUGACCUGCCAUCGCGCUGCCUGAGCUAAUUGGCCUUCCAGGGGUUAUUUUUUGACAGAGUAUGUUGUCAUAACACCUCAGGUUGUGGAGCCGCUUUUAUCGGGACUUAAGCUGCCACUGACGUCUUACGUUUGAUUUUUCCUGACAAAAUACCCUGAAAUAAACUCUGAUGUCAGCGCGCCGUCUGAGGGGAGAGUGUGAAUGAUCAAACCCCCUGAAGUGUGGCGGAGAGUCACGUAGACGGCUGACAGAAUCAUAGCUUUCACAUUUUCUGUCUCUCUACUUGUCUGCUUCCAAUGUGUUACUUAUUUCCCCUCUCUUCUGCGCUCUCUGCAUUAAAUAUUAACCUGAGAUUUAUGUACAAAUAAACCAGGAAGAAGCUGUUUUAGAGUUAAAAUACAAAUUUGCUCUCUUGUUUUGUCUUCGUUAUGUUCUGCACAGAGAAAACAAACACAUCCCGUGCCUGCUGCUGGAAAUAGAAAAUCUGAGCACCCUAAUAAGCCUCGCAGCUCACUUAACUCGGUGCACUUGAUGUUUGAGGUGAUGCGGCGCACGCUCGCAGAAGCACAAGACUUUAUAAACUAGGAGGUAGGAGCGUGCAAUAGGGCCCAACCGAUGAGGCCGAUUAUUGGGGGGGGGGGUCCGAUUACCAAUUAAUCGGCCGAUUUUUUACAUUUUUAUGAAGUUAUAAAAAAUAUAUUUAUAUACUGUAGAUACUGUAGAUAUACUGUAGACUACUGCUCUUCACGCCAACAGGAAGACCGACUGAUCAAACUUGGACCAGAAAAGUGUGCCCCCCGCUGCCGCCGCCGCCGUCGAUCGGUGCCUCCGCGUCUUAACUCACAUUACUCAUUUCCGGUCCGGUCUCAUCUGGAGACAUGCAGCUGCCUCAGUAAGAGAAGUAGCUCGAUCACGUAAUGUGUACUGUUGUUUAUUCUUCCAUUACUAGCACGGCUAACAGUGUAGCAAGGCUAAUAGCAGGUGGCUAACUCUAACUUUAGCUUGCAUAUUACAUGGUGCUUCACCGUUAACUCGGCGUGACCGAGACCAGCACAGCGGGAAACAUCGUGAAGUGGGUUGAACUGAAGCUUGUUGACUUACUAUGUAUUUCACAAACUGGUUUAUUUACCGUUGAGGCGGACCACUCUCCUCUGUGCGUCCUACCGCUUCAGAUCCGUCACUCUGCUGUGCUGUGAGGUAGUUAGUGGAUAAAGAUUGUCAUGAGGUCGCUGCGCCAUCUACAGGACAAGUCUGGGAACUUUUCAAAUGGCGGAACAUUUUCAAAGUGAAACCGAAUCUUAUUCUCCGCAUUUUAUUUCUGAAAAUAUCGGUGAAAAUCAGCGAGUUUUGGCCGAUUACCGAUUAGUCUCAAACGGGCUAAAAUCAGCCGAUUUAAUCAGCUCGCCGAUAAAUGGGUCGGGCCCUAGUGUGCAUGAAUAUUCUGCAUCCACUAUAAAAAUGUAUAACAACUAAAUAUGUGGUGCAUUUUGUAGGUUCUGAUAACUAAUUUGCACCCUCCUAUCCAAAAUUGAGAUAGCUGACAUAAUUUGCAUCAACUGCCUCCAGGUGCAAUAGAGGAACCACAAAGUAAACGAUGACAAUAUUCAAAGAGGCGCUCGUCUUUGUCUUUAGCUGAUGAAUGGUUUCCACUGUACUGGUACGUUCCAGGGAAAGAUAUCAGGAUAAUAAAUGCAAACUGGAACGAGCUUAUACCUGAUGAUAGGAAACUCCUUAAACGUCACAUACUAUUGCUUUAAAGCCCAAAACAAGAGUCCUGUUAAUACUCGUCUUUUACAACCCGUGGCGUUUACUCCUCGUCUUCUGUAUGUCAUCUGUGUAAAAGCCCUCGCGUUUGUAAUUGCUCAGGAUUAGGAUUUAAGACCGGCGUGACAUACAGGAGGCGAAAAUCAAUCGAGCAGCGACUCUAAUGUGUAGCAUUGCCUUCUCCAUGCAGGAUGUCCUUGACGUGCUGCAUUGAGCCAUGCAUAAACAUGAAUACACAAAAAGCGCUUAAAGGUGUACUCAUCGAGAGCCUUUAGGUAAAUGUCAGCGCUCUUAUUGAUUCCUCAUUUCGAACCCUUAACAGUCGUGUUUAAAACCAAAGCAUCAUUCAUCUGUUUCCACCUUAGAGUCCCUCUGUCAGUACAGAUUUGCUGCUUUUCCUCUCAACCGUAGCAGCUCUCUGACUCCUCUCCUCAUUCCCUCCCCUCCUCGCUCCCUAUAAAUAGUGGGUGACUGUUUCCUAGCGUUGAAGAGCAUUCACAUGCACACACAUACACACGCAGAAGAAGGGGGAAAAAAAGUGUGCUCUGCUGCCCCCUGCUGGCAGAAUCCAACCAAACACUGAUUUGUACAGAGCUGCACUUGUGCUUCAUGUAUCAAACUAUUUGUCCAGCUCCUUGGUGCUGAUGCAAACUGGAUAAUACAAACACACACACACACACACACACACACACACACAGACCGGCUAUUGUAACCGGCCAACUCCAGCCCUCCAGUAAAUGAGCCACUCGCCUAUUGUCCCAUCCAGCAGCCUUUUCUUCAUCCAUCGCUCGGCUCUCAGUUUCUGGAUAGCUGUCACACGCUCAUGUUGGCAAGCUGCUUCCAGCUGAAGCACGCUAGAGCUGCCACAGACCCUGAAAUGUUUGUUCUUUUAAUUCAGCAGCAUGUGUUUUGAAUCGCACAGGGGAAAAUCUUUAAUUUGAACAUGGAGAGGAGCCGUGAGGAAACUUUACAUCCUUGAAUUACAAAAAAAAAUGCAGUUUAUGUGGUUAUUAGUGCUGAUAACUGGGCAGGGUUGCUAAACUAAUGAUUGCUCUCUUUAUUUCUUCUCCGUUACAGUUGUUUGUGGGUCUAUCCUUCCCUUAUGAGGGUCCCGCCCCCCUGGAGGCCAUCGCCAACGGUUGCGCUUUCCUCAACCCGAAAUUCAACCCGCCAAAGAGCAGCAAGAACACCGACUUUUUCAAAGGGAAACCCACGCUGAGGGAGGUGAGUGAAGGACACGGACUCGCCUGUGACUUCUCGAAAAUGCGCUUGUUUGUUUUCUAACCUCUGCCGUCUCUGCAGCUGACCUCCCAACACCCCUACGCUGAGGUUUACAUCGGUCAACCCCACGUGUGGACGGUGGACAUCGAGAACUCCGCAGAGGUGGAGAGGGCCAUCCGCUCCAUCCUCAGCCAGAAGGUAAAAAACCAGCUCACCUGUACAAAGACAGAAGCAAAGUGAGAGGAAACAUCGUCAUCUGUAUUCCUCCAAGCGUCCAGGCCCAUGCAUAUUUAAAGCGGGGCUUUGGGACUCUCUGCAACUUGGAACAAUGGCUUUGUUCACCGGACAAGCCUGCGGAGCCUCAUAUGCUUUGUGAUCCGUGGCAGAGCUUCAGCCUACCAGACUCCAGCUUUGCUCUCCCCCCUCUCUCUCUCCCUCUCCCUCUCCUCUCCUCUUUCUCAUCUCCCUCCACACACUCACACACAGAGCAGCAAGUGACUUGGUCCUGCAACAAAGGCCUCAGUUGUUGGCCCUCGGCGCUUGAAUUUUCCUCCGCUAAUGAGAGUCCGUGGAGGCAGUAGAGAAAGUACAAAGACGGGACAGCAGGUUGAGUCCGCGUGGGCCUUUUUAUAGCAUGUUUUUGACCCCGUCUGUGUUUGUGUCUGGCUGAUCAGAUUGAGCCCUACCUGCCGUAUGAGUUCACCUGUGAGGGGAUGCUGCAGAGAGUCAACGCCUUCAUCGAGAACCAGGUACAUAAGCGAAGGAAAGGAGUGAGAGAGAAGGAUUAUACAGUUUUGAAAGAAGCCGUCAUGUCUAACAUUACGCCGUCUUGUCAGGACUUCUGCCACGGUCAGGUGAUGUGGCCCCCGCUCAGCGCCCUGCAGGUGAAGCUGGCCGAGCCCGGGCGCUCCUGUAAGCAGGUGUGUCAGGAGGAGCAGCUCAUCUGUGAGCCGUCCUUCUUCCAGCACCUCAACAAGGACAAGGACCUGGCCAGGUGGGACGCACAAACACACACGACAUGCACAGGACACAGAUGUCUCCAAUUGUUGUUAUAAAAGUGUCCAUUAGGGGGCAGAAGACCCCAGGUUUGAUUCAGAGAUUGUCACAAAGUGGAGUGAUUUUAAAUGAGUUUUUGACGCUGCAGUACUGAGUUAUUACCACUGGAGGGCCCCAUCGGAAAAGAGUUGAAUCUCAUCAGCUGAGCUUGUUUAUUAUUCAACGUAAUUUCACAAAAAAUCAACACUAAAGUUUCUAAAAAGUGUCUCUCUUCUCGUCAGGUUCGGCAUCGACUGUCAGACGGUGGAGUCCAGCUCCGACACGGUGGUCCCGGCCUACAGCCAGACCCGCCGCCACUGCAUCUUCCAGUCCGACCUCCUGCUGUUCAGCUGCGCAGGCGCCCACCAGUCGCUGCAGCGCAUCUGCCCCUGCCGUGACUACAUGAAGGGUCAGGUGGCGCUGUGCAAAGACUGCCUAUAG